AGUUCAGCCAGGAGAGCAGCCAUUCUUAGUCAAGUUCAGCCAGGGACGGAGUCUUUUCAUCUGAUUCAGCCAUUGCACAUCCACAGGGGCAUACCCUUCAAAAUCCACGGACAAAAAGAGACACUUUAAUUUUAGGGGUGAGGCCAGAGACGGGGCUGCUCUGAAACAUAACUAAAACAUUUUAUGCAACUGAAAUAUUAUUUAGAACAAGAGCAAUGUAUCUUAUUUACACAGACUGAUUUCUGAACACAUUUAAAAUAGUCUAAAGAUGCAUUACUAUGCGUUUUAAUGCUGGGGAGCUCUGUUAUUGUCUUACCUUCAGCUGUCCCACGUAGUCGCCUUGCCACUCCUCAAUCAGGCGAUGCCGAAUCUCCACUCGCUGUCCCACCUUGUUCGGCCGAUGCUGAAUCUUGACACGACUCUUUCUUUAUUCCGCCGACAUCGAAUGCAUGAGUGCACCGACAUCGGUGACGGCACAAACCGUUUUGAUUCCACUCUAAUUAAAGCCACAGAAAAGCUAAACAAACGUGGGCAAAACGCCUAACACAAAUUAAGUACAAUUUUUCUGUAUUGUUCCCCAACCAAUCACUGCAUAUGUGAGGCUAUUUACGCCCAUCUCUGACCUCACUUCCUUGCCCGGUCAUGCUCUUAGUAGCCAAAGAGUGCGUUGUAGUGUUAAGUGUGUUUUUUCUGGCUGUGAUUUGGCUCUAUAUUUUGACUAAUCUUAUCUCUGGAAUCCCUGAUCUUGGCUUUGUGUAUUUGUUUUUUUCUACCUUCUCUUGACCCUGGCCUGUUUAUUGUUACCCUUAUUAUCUCUCCAGACUAUAUUUUUUGCUUCUUACAUUAAGCACGGCCACUCUGAGGCCUGGUGAUACGCGCUAUAUUAAUAGAGUAUCGGUUGCCGCUUGUUUUCGUGUUAAGGUUGUACCUUGACAGUUAUAACCACACCAACAAUAAAGAGUUCAUAGAAAAGAGGAUGGACAUUAGGAUUGAAUUGUGAGACAGGUGAAUUUGGGCCCAAAAUAGCAACUGCCCUUCCUAAAAAGUGCCACUUUGGAGGUAUGUGGGGGGACUGUAAACAAUGCAAAACUAUGUGUGUUCUGCCAGUAUGCGGAAAUGGGGGGUUUAUUAUUAUUUAGUAUCUGUGUAUUAACCCCUUAAGGACCAAACUUCUGGAAUAAAAGGGAAUCAUGACAUGUCACACAUGUCAUGUGUCCUUAAGGGGUCAAUGUAAUGUUUUAUGUGUAGUGUCAGCGUGUGAAUGCUGGGGUAUCAUUCUGCAGAAUGUUAAUGUUGUGGAAUUGUUAUAUAAAUUAGCAGUCUGUGAAUGCUGGGGUAUCAUUGUGCAGAAUGUCAAUGUUGUGGAAUUGUUAUAUAAAUUAGCAGUCUGUGAAUGCUGGGGUAUCAUUGUGCAGAAUGUCAAUGUUGUGGAAUUGUUAUAUAAAUUAGCAGUCUGUGAAUGCUGGGGUAUCAUUGUGCAGAAUGUCAAUGUUGUGGAAUUGUUAUAUAAAUAAGCAAUCUGUGAAUGCUGGGGUAUCAUGGUGCAGAAUGUCAAUGUUGUGGAAUUGUUAUAUAAAUUAGCAGUCUGUGAAUGCUGGGGUAUCAUUGUGCAGAAUGUCAAUGUUGUGGAAUUGUUAUAUAAAUUAGCAGUCGGUGAAUGCUGGGGUAUCAUUGUGCAGAAUGUCAAUGUUGUGGAAUUGUUAUAUAAAUUAGCAGUCGGUGAAUGCUGGGGUAUCAUGGUGCAGAAUGUCAAUGUUGUGGAAUUGUUAUAUAAAUUAGCAGUCUGUGAAUGCUGGGGUAUCAUUGUGCAGAAUGUCAAUGUUGUGGAAUUGUUAUAUAAAUUAGCAGUCUGUGAAUGCUGGGGUACCAUUGUGCAGAAUGUCAAUGUUGUGGAAUUGUUAUAUAAAUUAGCAGUCGGUGAAUGCUGGGGUAUCAUUGUGCAGAAUGUCAAUGUUGUGGAAUUGUUAUAUAAAUUAGCAGUCUGUGAAUGCUGGGGUAUCAUUGUGCAGAAUGUCAAUGUUGUGGAAUUGUUAUAUAAAUUAGCAGUCGGUGAAUGCUGGGGUAUCAUUGUGCAGAAUGUCAAUGUUGUGGAAUUGUUAUAUAAAUUAGCAGUCUGUGAAUGCUGGGGUAUCAUUGUGCAGAAUGUCAAUGUUGUGGAAUUGUUAUAUAAAUUAGCAGUCGGUGAAUGCUGGGAGUAUCAUUGUGCAGAAUGUCAAUGUUGUGGAAUUGUUAUAUAAAUUAGCAGUCUGUGAAUGCUGGGGUAUCAUUGUGCAGAAUGUCAAUGUUGUGGAAUUGUUAUAUAAAUUAGCAGUCGGUGAAUGCUGGGGUAUCAUUGUGCAGAAUGUCAAUGUUGUGGAAUUGUUAUAUAAAUUAGCAGUCUGUGAAUGCUGGGGUAUCAUGGUGCAGAAUGUCAAUGUUGUGGAAUUGUUAUAUAAAUUAGCAGUCUGUGAAUGCUGGGGUACCAUUGUGCAGAAUGUCAAUGUUGUGGAAUUGUUAUAUAAAUUAGCAGUCUGUGAAUGCUGGGGUACCAUUGUGCAGAAUGUCAAUGUUGUGGAAUUGUUAUAUAAAUUAGCAGUCGGUGAAUGCUGGGGUAUCAUUGUGCAGAAUGUCAAUGUUGUAGAAUUGUUAUAUAAAUUAGCAGCCUGUGAAUGCUGGGGUAUCCAUUGUGCAGAAUGUCAAUGUUGUGGAAUUGUCAUAUAAAUUAGCAGUCUGUGAAUGCUGGGGUAUCAUUGUGCAGAAUGUCAAUGUUGUGGAAUUGUCAUAUAAAUUACCAGUCUGUGAAUGCAGGGAUGUAUUUGCGUGGGGUGUAUGUGUGUGACCAUAUGAUAUGUUUAAAGAGUCACUCUAAGCCAGGGGUCCUCAAACUCCGGCCCGUCAGAUGUUGCUGAACUACAACUCCCAUGAUUCUCUGACUAUCUAUGUAAUUCAAAGAAUCAUGGGAGUUGUAGUUCAGCAACAUUUGGGGGGCCAGAGUUUGAGGACCCCUGCUCUAAGCACUGUAGCUAUUCCACGUACAACACUCACUCUGGUGAAAGUGAUCUAACUAAAAAAAAUACAUAUGUUUUAAUUCUUUUUUUGUAUUAUGUUUAAAGCAUUAUCUCAACAGUGUAUUAAAAACAGGAGGUAAUUUUUACCCCCAUUCUUUCCUCAAGUUAUUGUAGUUGUGAAUGCAGUUUUUUUUGGUCAUCUCAUUGUUUCCAGUUUUGUGUCUCACCAUCUCCUGUCAACUACCCUUCUUUCUCGUCUAUCUCCCAAGAGAUAACAAGCACCUGAAAGCAGGUGUAAAAAUAUCCCAAGUUAAAGCCUUCCUGUAAAAGUUACCUAGUGAGUUUUGAAGUGCAUUAAAUCCCACAAUGGAUUUAACCUCUCUUGGGUGUCACUCUAAACACCCAGCCACCACCCCAACCUUGCAUAUUACAAGUUACCUGAAGCAGAUUUAUGUGUUCUGCCUUUUGAUAACUCAUGGGUUUGGUAUGGAUGUGUUUUCAUUGUAAGACUCAUCUUUUUGACACGAGGAUGUAAAAAAUCCAACAAAUAAUGGGAGGGACACAUGAAAUCGCUCUGAUGUACAAUACUCAUUGUGGUACUUUACUCUCGAUUGACAGCACAACAGAAAGAGAGUACAGACCUAACACAACGACUCAUUACUGAUCAUAUCUCCAGCCUCAACUGAAAUUGGAUGUGACCUUCUUCAGGAUGUACGGGGCAUCACAUCUGUCAUGGUAUAAGGUAGGCGACAGAGUUUCUGUUUAAAGGAAGACUGAAAUAGCUUGACAUAUAACUACCGGAUGGUUAACAAGAAGCAGUAUUGAUCUAAAUACAAAAUAACAGCAUAACUGGAUGUUGUAGCAUAUUGUUUAUUAAACUAACACAUUUUUGUAAUGACAGGAUUUCAGGUGAUUCGCAAAUCACCAAGUGUUAAGCAUUUUGGGGAUCUCCCUCGCACCUUGUUAUUUGCUGUCCCCCUUGAGGCUCAAUAGUGGUUUUCAUACCCCACCUCGUCUAGACUGUAAGCUGGUCUGAGCAGGGUCCUCAUCAUCCUGUUGUUCCUGUAAUAUUUUGUUAUUGUCUCAUUUAUUGUUAAAUUUCACCCUUUUAUAAUAUUGUAAAGAGUUAGGGAACAAGUUAUUGCUUUACAAAUGCCAAUAAUAAUAAUAAUAAUAAUUUGAUCAAAUAUGCCAUUUUCAAAAUCUAACAUUGUUAAUCAUCUGGCUUCUGUUGAGAAAAAAAUAAAAAAACAAACAAACAAAAAACAUCCUCAAAAACAGCAUUUGCCCAUAUUUUGCCAAUGGCUCCAGCCACACAUCCAGCAUUAUACAUAAUAUGGCAUACUCACAUCUAAGGGAAAGCAGAGCAGACGGUACAAAGCAUGACGUAAUACAAUACAGAAAUUAAACCCCAAUGUAGAAUUCUUACUUUGAUGGAGAAAACAUUCUAAGUAUGUUUUAUAUUUCUAUAGUAUGUACCAUAUAUAAUACAUGGGUACAAGACGUACUUUCAGUGGAAAUGUGUAAUGCAGGUACCCUCAAGAUAAAAACUUCCAAUGCAAGUUAACAUCUGAUUGAAAAGGAAACCUUUUUUUUUUCAUGCAGAUUGUGUGAGUGACAGCCAGAGGUGGUGUGGUUAGGUUUGAAUAAACAGAAACGAAAGUGAAUUAACUCCUAAAUGGCAGUGAAUUGAGCGAUGAGACUGCAGGGACAUGAUCUAUACACUAUACCUGCUUUGUUUCACCAACUUCACCUGUUUGUCUUUGUUAUUUUUUUUGUAUAUUAAUUACUUGCCAGAUACCUCCAUCUAAAAUUGUAACACACUUGCUGUGUUGGCUGUAUGUAAAUGACAAUAUCUGCUAAAUAGACAGCGUUUGACUGAUGUACUGACCUAACAUGCAUACACUCACAGCACGGGCUCUUGCUCGGAGCUGGGGAGAGCUUGUUACAGUAGUGUUAGUGUCGCCUUGCUCACUGGGAGGCAGGAAGGAGCAUGCGAGGUGAGCGAGAGGUUCAGUAGGCUGACAGAAUUGUAUGCAGUCAGCAGAAGAUGGAAUGUCUGGCUUUGUUACAGGACGUUAUGUAGUUACAUAAUAUAACAUAUGGAUAAAGGAGGCAUUGCAGUGUCUGCUGCUAUUAUUUCGUCUCAUUAAUAGUAUGGUGAUUUUAAUAUAGUUAUCAAUGGUUAUUUGGUGUAACCCAUAUUUGCGCGUCUUCCUGUAUUUUCAUAACCAGUUAUAGUCAUUGUAUUGUUACUGGAUCUGCUUGUAAUUUUAGCUGCUUCACACAUAAGGAACAAGCGCCAGAAAUCUCACUUGCUGCUAUAACUGGAUCUGCUUGUAAUGACUGAUGGUCCUAGGGUUUAUGAGCUUGGCAGUAAACGUGUACACAUCCGUUUCAGCUGGUGCGGACAUAUCAAGUGCCUUUUAAUCUGCACCCGUACUAAUCGAUCCGGUGGAGUCAUAUUCAAUGACUGGAUUCAUUGUAUUAUGACCUUUGUAUUUCUGGUGUCCCGACUUAGGCUUGUUUACUAUUUCUGCAUACUCUGUUUGUCUGCUUUGCUACAGGUGUGUUUUGUAGUUUGUCGGAUUUUAUUAGGGUUUUGAGUACAUAAAACAAUAUUAACGAGAAAAAAUAAAUGAAAUUAGAGGAUCUACAGUAGACACAUGCUAUGACAAUAUCCACAUUGCAGGGAUUACAUAGUAAUAUCUCAAGUCAUGAGUGGGAGGGGGUGUUGUAGUUUUAUCACCUGACCGUGUACCUUGAUAUAUUAACAUCAUUACUUAGCAGCUCCGUUACCUGGUUCUGUUUUUCAAUUCAUGGUUUGAGUUGCAUGAUGGUUUCUAAUUUCUUUACUCAACAUCUUCUACGUACUCGUAUUACAGGUCUACAAACCAUGAGUUGUAACUUUUAAUGUCAUCCAGAUCUAUACAUUGUGAAAUAAACAAAUAGCUCAUACCUAUAAAUUCAUUUUAUGGAACCACGUACCAUGUGUAUUUUUUAUGAAAACAAAAGUACUAAAUGGCAAGAGACCCAGAUUACUCAUCUAAUUACUGUGGGUAAUAACGUCUGAUAAUUAGCUGUUGUAGGCCUGACAGAUGCAGUGUUAACAACGUGUUAAUGAUUAAUAAAGUUUAAAAGAUGAUUCACUUAAUUAAGAUAACGACUCACAAAGCACAGACUUUUAUGUUUAUUUUGAUAAUACCGAAAGAUUGGGUUGUUUUGUUAAAUGUUUAUUUUGAUACACAUGGUUACAUUAUAGCAGGACACGAGAUUGGGGGGAAAAUGACUCUUUAAACAGAAUUUAAUUUCAUAAAUAACAUAAGAGCUUCACAUUAAUGAUCAGCAGAUGUCAUUACAUUUAGAGGUGAAUAUUAAGGGUUUAUUUGUUUUUCAGAUUUCGUUGCUUUGUAGACUAGCUUUUUGCUGAAUAGCACUUUUUCACCACUAACUUCAGUCAGACUGGAAAACUGUGACUAUUAUUAUUAUUAUUUAUUUUUUAGAUAGCGAAAACAUAUUUCGCAGCAACUAUGACUAAAUGCUGCCCUAGGAUAAAAACAACCCAAACACUAACCCCUAAUGCUAGUCUUAGCCAUAGAAUAAUCAUUUAAUAUAAAAUGUAUGUAAUGGUGAAGUAGACUGCAUUUUGUGCAUUAUAAAUGCAACCUGCGUCGUUACAUUGGACGCAUAUUGGUUUGGCGUCAAAAAAUGAUUUUUAUGCAUAUGAGAAGAAGAUGCAGGAGAUCAUUCGGCGCCACUAUUGACACCAUAUUGUGCUCGGAAUCUGUACAAAGCGCAACGUCCACAUAAAACAUUAUGCAAGAGUGACGCACACUCAAUAUGUGUGAGUCUAUGGCCAGAGGACGCUGGAGCCGUGACACCUAUGUCAAAGAAUGAGAAACCUAACCGCAAUAGUGUAAUCUGUGUAAUUGAUCUAUUAGUAGAUCCAUAUUACCACCAUGAUCAGGCAUAAGACAGUGGUCCCGGUUUCCCUGUGUAAUGGUCGCCCCUUGAUUUCCAGCCUAUGUAUUUGUAAAAUAAUGAAAUUAAGUUACUGCCGUUUUAUUUAACUUGGAGGGUGAUGCUGAGCUGACUUGGCGUUUCCCGUGUGGGGUCUGACUGACACCUCACAGCAUCAGCUCCCCUCUAAAAUAACACCAUGCUGUUUAUAUGUAUUUUUUAAAUUUGUGCUGCCUAUACUUUAAUGGCGGACUCGAUAAUCCGCUUUCAUCCUGCUAAAUUGCAAUGGCUGGUGGCGAGUUAAAUAUUUGAGCCGUGCUUGAGCCAAACUCCUACAGUGUGACAGUCGAUACUCUCAAGGUAAUAAUGAUCAAGAGGUCCAAACAGUUUAAGACAGCAGGAAGAACAGGGUACCACGAUACCAGCGGCCUGAUCUGCCAACACAUGGCAAGACGGUGCUGGCGCAGUCUACCUUAUUUGAGAAAAUGGUGCUUGAUGAACCCAACACCAUUCCAUUACUAUGGUAAUAGAAGGCACCAGAUAACUAAACAGAACUCCAGUGACCUUGAAGGGAAGAGGAUUACAUAAUGCUUUAUGUUCUUCACAUCUUGGAUGGAAUUCUUGGGCUGACAGUGUCCGCUGGUGCUCAGAGGCAAUAACUUUUGUCCCAAGAUAGACAAAAUAGGUACAUCUAAUGCAGAAGAGGAACGUCCACUCUGGAUAUAUCAGAGGAGGAGGGCGGGCUGGAGGCACCCAGGGGACCCAGGUAAGUGUCAACCAAUCUGAAGCUUUACGAGGGAUGGCCUACUUGAAUUAAAGAAACAGUAACAGUGUUAUUGUCAGGUUACCUUUGGUGUCUACCUCGGAGGAGGUUAGACACCUAGACGUCCAUCCUCCUAGGGGGGCUGACUCACCCGAUCCUUGCACUCCUCCCGGCCGUUUACACGCCGGCCGCGAUAGCUCCGCCUCCUUUUAUGACGCGGCGCUCAGUAGCCGACGUCAUGACGGCAAUCACGUUCCGACCCGUCAAUCACGGCAACCAAGUGCCGAACAACGAAUCAGGACUCGUUGGGGGCGGAGCCAACAGUUAAAGAGCCAAGGUAUAAAAAAGGGUUCUGUGGAAUGAUUCAUUGCCCUGUCGUGGUUCUAGCUAGUCUGGUCACUCAGUGCACUUACCUCUAUUGUCUUUUGGUUCCUGACUCGGCUUGUAUUUUUGACCCUGCUUUCCUCUCUUGUCCUUUUGACUCGGCUUGUCUCUCGCUUACCUGAUCUCUCGUUCCCUCGACCUCGGCUUGUCUCUGACCAUUCUUUUGCUUUCUCCUUACGUUAGUCCGGCCAUUCUAAGGUCCGGUAUACGUACCUAUCUCCUGUUUGUAUUCUGCGUGUUGGAUCCCUGUCACGAUCCUGACAGGGCCAAUGGAUCCUGCAGGUACAAACUCUCAGGUCGGUUCUCCUGACUCUAGAUUUGAGGCCAUGGAUCAUAGAAUGGACCAGAUGGCUCUAGCUCUGCAAGCAUUGCUAUCUCGUCCUAGUAAUCACUCAGAGGAGAUGCGUACCCCAUCUAUCUCUCCUAUAAGUACAGGCCUAGAGGUAGCCACAGUGGCUACUUCUUCCCGUGUUACGUCCCCGUCACGCUAUGGCGGCGCUCCUGACACUUGUCGAGGUUUUUUAAACCAGAUAGGUAUUCAUUUUGAGUUGCAACCCCACGCCUACCCUACUGACAGGGCGAAGGUUGGAUUUAUAAUCACCUUGCUCAUUGACAAGGCACUUAGAUGGGCUAACCCCCUGUGGGAAAAUGAUAACCCGUUAGUUUACAAUUAUAAUGCUUUUGUCGCUGCAUUUAGGAGAGCUUUUGACCCCCCAGGAAGAAAGGCCAAUGCAGCUAGACUACUGUUACGUCUUAGACAGUAUAACCGAACCCUCGUGGAUUAUGCUUUAGAGUUCAGAUCCUUGGCGGCAGAAGUCAAGUGGAAUGAACAGGCUUAUAUGGACGUAUUUAUGAACGGGUUAUCUGAUGAGAUUUUAGAUGAGGUGGCCACAAGAGAUCUUCCUGAAAAUUUGGAGGAUUUGAUUUCAUUUAUUUCCCGAAUAGAUGAACGUAUGAGACAGAGGCAGAAUAUUCGGGAUAGAACCCGCAGAUCCUCCAUAAGACUAGCUCCCUCAUUUCAGAGUUCUGAUUCUACUACUUUAGCUCUCCCAGAACCUAUGCAAAUAGGUAAUACUCGACUCUCAGAAGAGGAAAGACAGUACAGGAGAAGGGAGGGGCUUUGUAUGUAUUGCGGAAUUAGAGGUCACCUACGCCUAAAUUGCCCUAACCGGCCGGGAAACGCUCGCACCUAAGUUUCUCAAGAGGACAGGCCUUGGGUGUUUCUAUCUUGUCCUCUAUAUAUGAUUAUAAAGAUCAUAGGCUUCUGAUACCUGUUUCUUUAGCUUGGGAAAAGGGAGUACUUAAUGCUAUGGCUUUGAUAGAUUCCGGAGCAGCUGAAAGCUUUAUUGACCAAGCCUUUGUCACUAACCAUUCUAUCCCAUCUCAGCUAAGGGAUACACCCUUGGCCGUUGAGGCCAUAGAUGGCAGACCAUUAUCUGAACCUGUUAUUUUUCGUGAAACCAUACCAAUUAAGUUAACCACUGGUAUCCUUCACGAGGAAAGAAUAUCCCUCAUGCUGAUCUCAUCUCCUUCAGUUCCUAUAGUCUUGGGGUAUCCCUGGCUUAAGAAGCAUAACCCUAUCAUUGACUGGGAACUGGGUGAGAUAGUCUCCUGGGGUCAGGGUUGCCAGAGAGGAUGUUUACAGAAAGUCUCACCGAUUUGCAUGGUUGACGCCCCGGUUAACUCUUCCCAAUCUACAGAUUUACAGAUACCGUCUCAGUACCUGGAUUUAAAGGCAGUCUUUGACAAAAAGAGGGCUGAUACUUUACCUCCACAUAGGUCUUUCGACUGUAAAAUUAGACUCCUACCUGGUACUAUGCCUCCGAGGGGUACGGUAUAUCCUUUAUCCACUAAGGAAAACUUAGUCCUAGAGGAGUACAUACGUGAAAACCUAGACAAAGGAUUUAUUAGGAGAUCUUCUUCUCCGGCCGGGGCCGGUUUCUUUUUUGUAGAUAAAAAAGACGGCACUCUACGGCCUUGCAUUGAUUAUCGGGGCUUGAAUAAGAUAACUAUUAGAAAUGCUUAUCCUAUUCCUUUGAUUACUGAGCUCUUUGAUCGACUGAAAGGCUCCAAGAUUUUUACCAAGUUAGAUCUGAGGGGAGCUUAUAACUUGGUGAGAAUUCAGCAGGGAGACGAAUGGAAAACAGCUUUCAAUACCCGCUAUGGCCACUAUGAAUACACGGUAAUGCCCUUCGGGCUUUGCAAUGCACCUGCAGUAUUCCAGGACCUAAUUAAUGAGGUUCUUAGGGAAUUUCAGCAUGAAUGCGUUAUAGUAUAUUUGGAUGAUAUACUAAUACACUCUAGAGAGAUUGAGACUCACCACAGACAAGUCAGAAGGGUACUGCGCAAACUGUUACAACAUGGAUUGUACUGCAAAUUGGAAAAGUGUAGCUUCGAUCAAUCUCAGAUAAACUUUCUUGGCUACGUUAUUUCUGGAGACGGAUUUAGGAUGGACCCCAUUAAACUCCAAUCGAUUUUAGAUUGGCCAUUGCCCAGGGGACUCAAGGCCAUUCAGAGAUUUAUCGGAUUCUCCAAUUAUUAUAGGCGCUUCAUUAAAGGUUACUCUUCUAUUAUUGCUCCUAUUACCAAUAUGACUAGACAGGGUGCUGAUACCAAGACUUGGUCUACAGAGGCUCUCUCUGCUUUCAAAACACUCAAAGAACAUUUUGCCUCAGCACCGAUAUUAGUUCAUCCUGACACAUCUUUGCCUUUUCUACUCGAGGUAGACGCCUCGGAGACAGGUAUAGGCGCUAUCUUGUCCCAAAGGCUAGGUUUGGAUAAACCGUUACAUCCAUGUGGGUUUUUUCCAAGAAAUUAUCUGGGCCUGAAAGUAGAUAUGACAUUGGUGAUAGGGAACUGUUAGCGGUCAUUAUGGCUUUAAAGGAAUGGAGACAUUUGUUGGAGGGGACAUUAUACCCGGUUACUAUUUUGACGGAUCACAAGAAUUUGUCCUAUAUAGGGGAGGCCAAGCGCUUGUCCGCCAGGCAAGCUCGUUGGUCCUUGUUUCUGACACAUUUCAAUUACGUGCUCACUUAUAGACCUGGUUCUAAGAACUCUAAGGCAGAUGCAUUGUCCCGCCAACAUGAACCUUCUACGGUGUCUGAAGCAGCUUUGUCUUCUAUCGUUCCCAAGUGUAAUAUUAUUGCCAACACGUGUGUCAGGAUACACUCGCCGUUGCUUGCUGAGAUCAAGAAAGUACAACAUCUAGCUCCCAAACCUGUUCCUGGGGCUCGAUACUUCGUUCCUCCUGAGCUCCAAGUGGAACUGCUGCAUUGCUUUCAUGACAGUAAAAUUGCUGGGCACCCCGGCAUACGCAAAACGUGUUCCCUGAUUUCUAAAGAUUUCUGGUGGCCUUCCCUUCGUAAGGAUAUAAGGGAUUUCGUCGGGGCAUGUGCUGUCUGUAUGAAGACUAAGCAACCUCAUGCGCUCCCUUGUGGACUUUUGCACCCCUUAGAAAUUCCCGAGAGACCAUGGUCAUGUUUGGCUAUGGACUUCAUUGUCGAUUUGCCUGUUUCUAAAAAACAUACUGUUAUUCUCACGGUGAUUGACAGGUUUACUAAAAUGGCUCAUUUCGUGCCCUUGCCUAAACUGCCCUCGUCUCCCGAAUUAGCUGAGAUAUUCGCGAGGGAGAUUUUUCGUUUACAUGGUAUUCCCUCUGAAAUUGUUUCUGAUAGAGGUUCCCAAUUUGUUUCCCGCUUUUGGAAGUCUUUCUGUUCUCACUUAGGCAUCAAGUUGAAUUUCUCAUCUGCCUAUCAUCCCCAGUCCAACGGAGCUGCCGAACGCACCAACCAAAAGAUUGAACAAUAUUUGCGUUGUUUUGUUUCUGAACACCAGGACGAUUGGGUUGGUCUGAUUCCUUGGGCAGAGUUUGCACACAACAAUCUCGUUUGUGAUUCUACUCGUUCUAGCCCCUUUUUCUUGAAUUAUGGCUUUCAUCCUUCCAUUCUUCCGUCGGUUUCCCCUUCCCAAGGGGUUCCGUCGGUUGAUGUUCAUGUCGCCAAUCUGAGAAAGUUGUGGGAUCAGACUCGACGAAUUCUUCUUCAGAAUUCCAUGGUGUUCAAACGACACGCUGACAAACGGAGACGGGUGGCUCCGGUUUUUGCCCCGGGUGAUAGGGUGUGGUUGAGUACCAGAAACAUCCGCUUGAAGGUUCCUUCCAUGAAAUUUGCCCCUCGUUACAUAGGCCCUUACAAGGUUCUGUGUCGGAUUAACCCGGUUGCGUAUCGUCUUGCCCUUCCGCCUGCCCUGCGCAUCCCUAACUCUUUUCAUGUUUCUUUGUUGAAGCCUUUGGUUUGUAACAGAUUUUCCUCCGCUGAGUCCUCCCCUCUCUCUGUCCAGGUUGAGGGUCAGGAGGAAUAUGAAAUCAAAUCCAUUCUCGAUUCUCGUAUUUCUCGGGGGAAGUUGCAAUAUCUUGUUGACUGGAAGGGGUAUGGGCCUGAAGAAAGGUCUUGGGUGGGCCAUGAAAAUGUGCAUGCCCCUCGUCUCCUCCGGGCAUUUCAUGCUCGUUUUCCGUCUCGCCCCGGUUCCUUCCGCCCGGUGGGCGUUUCUGAGAGGGGGGGUACUGUCAGGUUACCUUUGGUGUCUACCUCGGAGGAGGUUAGACACCUAGACGUCCAUCCUCCUAGGGGGGCUGACUCACCCGAUCCUUGCACUCCUCCCGGCCGUUUACACGCCGGCCGCGAUAGCUCCGCCUCCUUUUAUGACGCGGCGCUCAGUAGCCGACGUCAUGACGGCAAUCACGUUCCGACCCGUCAAUCACGGCAACCAAGUGCCGAACAACGAAUCAGGACUCGUUGGGGGCGGAGCCAACAGUUAAAGAGCCAAGGUAUAAAAAAGGGUUCUGUGGAAUGAUUCAUUGCCCUGUCGUGGUUCUAGCUAGUCUGGUCACUCAGUGCACUUACCUCUAUUGUCUUUUGGUUCCUGACUCGGCUUGUAUUUUUGACCCUGCUUUCCUCUCUUGUCCUUUUGACUCGGCUUGUCUCUCGCUUACCUGAUCUCUCGUUCCCUCGACCUCGGCUUGUCUCUGACCAUUCUUUUGCUUUCUCCUUACGUUAGUCCGGCCAUUCUAAGGUCCGGUAUACGUACCUAUCUCCUGUUUGUAUUCUGCGUGUUGGAUCCCUGUCACGAUCCUGACAGUUAUUUACUAAAGUGAGAAUUAAAGGUGAAUUUAAAGUGAAUUUCAAAUUUAAGUUUAAAAUAGCUGAACUGGAAAAAUUCUCUAAAUUAGAUUCGCUUUCCAUUCAGCUACUCUGACCUUAAAACUGAAAUCCAUCUUGAGUUAUGUUUGACUUCUCACCUUAGUGAAUAGCUCUGUAAAUGCUUUUGUGCUCUCCGAGUACACUCAGCGUAAUUUAAAAACAGUAUUUAGGAGAGGAUGGGCUUUUGGGUGUUUCCAAGCAGAGAUAAUUAAGCUCUUGCUACAUCACUGAAACACAGGCACUUCUUCAAACACGGGAUCUAGAAACCACAAUGUUUCAACACUAAUCAAAGCCGAAAGUCAGAAUACUAAACAAGAUUUCACCAUCAACAAAGGAAGUGACUCAAUACCCAUUAGAGCAAAAUAGUCAAAUUUAGUCUUCAGUUUCAUUUCCUUCAAUAGGUUUUAUACCAGAACCAUCAAAUUUAUUUCUGUUGACAAUCUCAUGCCCACGUCUGGCCAUUGACCUCUUGCAUUGUAACUGUGUCUUCCUUAGAAUGUAAUGAUAGAAAGGAAUUUGCCUAUUUUAAUUUUUGUUACAGGGGUGUGAAGUGAAAAGCUCCCCUUAAAGGAACACUAUAACAUUAUGAAUACAAAAACCUGUAUGCCUAUUGCUGUAGUGUCCCUUUAACUAUCUUGCUUCUCACCUCUCCCCCUCCCAGAACUUCAUCGAUGAAGCAUGGCUUUCUCCGUCGUGACAGCAUUGGAGACCUGAUGCGCAUGCAUGGUGAAUGUCACGUGCAUCCAAUGCGGAUCAUAGAAAUUUUUUAAAUCCAGUGCUUUCCUAUGAGCUGCAGUGUCAGUGCAGCAAAAGUGUCUCCAGAGACUAUCACUACGACAGCCAUACAGGCAUGUUUAAACCUUCAGGGAAAGAAUUGGCCUUUAUAUCAAAGGGAUGAAUAUAUAGGACCACCGCACCCAGUAUGAUUUGAAGUGAUCAGGGUGACUUUAGUGGUCCUUUAACCCCUUAAGGACCAAACUUCUGGAAUAAAAGGGAAUCAUGACAUGUCACACAUGGCAUGUGUCCUUAAGGGGUUAAAGGAAUCAGUCUAGGCACAAUAACCACGACAGGGAGCUGUAGUAGUUAAGGUACCUGAAUACAUCCCACGUUAAAUAGCUAAACUAUUUUUGACCAUGGUUCGGCCCAAUUUCUCAGAUAGGUCUAAAGUGGAGGUUCCCCUUUCUCAACACAUAUAUUUGUCCUUAUUUUGAUGGAAUGGUGCAGAGUGUCAUUUAACACUCUCGUUCGGUAAAUUCCAUCCAAACAUCAGUGGAUUUGAUGUCACUAAUGCAGAAGUAGGAAUCUAUGUAUUAGCAAUAUCGGGAGCGUUGGCUUACUGCUGGCAGCUGGGGGACCAAGGUUUAAAAAUGGUUUGACUCUUAAACUUAAGCCAGCACCAGGAGACUGGAAGAUAAUUUAAUUUAUUAAAUUAAUAGUUAUUAAAUGAAUUAGCGAUUUUGUUUUCUUAUUAAAAGGCAGUACAUUGCUAAUGCUUUGGUGUUUACUGAUCAAUAGGAAGAAGCUUCUAAUUAUGAGCUAUCCAUACGGAUUGUACAAGCCAAAAAUAUUCACGGGACAGAUGUUGGUGAGUAAUAAACUGUAAUACAGAAAGUUACCCCAAAGUACAAAUACUGGCUGGAGUACCUCGCUCAUGAAUGGGGGGGGGGUGAAAGAAAAAAAUCCUAGUAUUCUGUGCAACUGCUAUAUGGGGAUUGGCCCCUAACAAAAUCUUCUCCUCUAUAUCCAUAUAUUAUAUAAAAUAAAAUUAUUAUAUUAAUAAUUCUUUAUAAAUAGAAAUGGGGGCCGAAAUCAGUCGUGAUCCUAAAUGACUGGUAUGAUAAACACUUUGCUAAGCUUAUUGAGCGCAAAUCUUUGUUAUAAUUGCUUCUCUUUUUUAUUAUGAUCCAGUGCAGGAGUAAAUUACUUUAAUAUAGGCUCCUUCUUAUAUAAAAGAUAAAUAUAGCAAAAUGUAGCUAAUAUUAAUAUUGGAGUGGACUAUCAGCUUUACGCCCCUCUGUCUGUCCACAGCCACCAAACCGGAUUGCUAUGUGUGUCUGUGGAUUCCCACUACUUUGCAGGAAAAGAAAAGAACAAAAACCAUUUGGAACUCAAAAAAUCCUGUGUGGGACGAGACCUUUCACUUCCGAAUUCAUAAUCAGAUCAAGGUAAGAACAGAGCCAUUGGGGCACAUUGAUGCUCGCAAUUGUGGCUAAUGCCCCAGAUAUGGCACUAAGAGAAAUAAAGCUAGUAUAGAUAUAUAAAUAGCUGGUUCCUACUGAAAAAAACAAAACAACAUUUUGUUUGAUUAACCAUUUUUCUUUCUUUAUUUUAAUAAAUAAUUUUUGAUUAUUUUUUUCACCCUGUGUAUUUUCUUUUUUCUCUUUUUUUGUAAUUUUUUUUUACAAUUUUUUUUUAUUUUUGACCCAUAUGUGAACCCUAUGUUCGUUGUUUUUUUUCACCCCAUUUAUAAACCUGGUUUUAUUUUUUUUUAUAUUUUAUUUUUUCACCCGGUAUAUAAACCAUAUUUUAUUUUAACUUAUUUUAUUUUUUAAUAUUUUUCACCCAUUUAUAAAUUCUAUUUCCUUAAAAAAAAAUAAAAAAAAAUUAUACAUCUCUAUAAGACAAGCUGUAUUGUUGACCAAUGGCCAAAAGACUCUCCAGGCAUAGCAAAACGACAGAACCCAUGAUCUUUUACUAAGCUGCCAAAGCAUCACUAGACUUUAAGUCUGGUGAUGCUUUGGCAGCUUAGUAAAACAACUCUCUCUUAGUUAAACAACUCUCUUUUCAAGUGUUCACCCCAUAAAAUGGCACUUAUCAAAAUCGAAUUGACUCUAACAUGUCAACACAUUUCUGAAUGUUACUUUAUUUUCCAAAGAAUGUCUUGGAGUUGUCAGUACAUGAUGAGGAUGUUGGCACCAAAGAUGACCAUCUCUAUACCGUGAGCUACGAUUUGGCCAAUGUCACUCUUAACAAUCCAAUGCUGAAAACAUUUCCUCUAAAUACAAAGGUAAGUGUGAGAACUUUUUAUUUUUAAAAUGUGUGAUUGUGAAAUGUCAAAGUAUGUCAUAGUUAUCAUUAAUGUAGUGAGAAACAGGUGGAAAGUCAAGGCUGGAUGUUAACUAAUGUUGUGUUACAUCUCUUUUGCAAUGGUUUUCCUGGUAUGCGCAUAACUGUGACAUAAUCUGAAAUGUUAAUAUAUGGUUUACCAUUUCCUAUGUGUCUGCUUUUCUGUAAUGAAGCAGCAUUUCAUACCUUAUCACUUACCUUAUUCACAAAUUUCUCCAAUGUGGGCUCAACUCAUCACUUCCCUCUCUUGGUGUACAGGAGGUUAUACAGCGCAAAAUAAUUGGCUACAUUGUAUCAGCCGGGCAAGGGAAUUGGAAAGUCAAACCAGAACAUUUUAAAUGCAACCUGCAAUGCCCUAUCAAACAAGUUCCUAUUUUUGCCAAGUAACUGUAAUUUCUGUAUGCAAAUAUUUGUUUAACACCCUGAUGACAACAGUGCGCAGGAACGACUUUAAACGAGCAACAAUGGAAGAAAAUUCACAUCUUAGCUCACCAUGGCGCAACUGACUCUAAAAUCCGGGAACGCAACUACAAAUUGAUCACCGGUUGGUACCGGACCUUAGACCAACUGCCCAGAAUGUCCCCAGAACAUUCAGAAUUGUGCUGGCAGUAUGGCAUCUCCAGAGAUACUGCUAUUCAUAUAUGGUGGUCCUGCCACAAGAUAGCCACAUUCUGGCAACAGAUACAUAAGUUGAUUCUGGAAAUCCUCGGCUUUGAACUACCACUACAGCCAUUGCAUAUGCUGUUUCACAAUACAAAGCAUCCUCUAUCUAAAUAUAAAAAAUUCAUAAGGGGAAGACAACAUGUACAUCACACUUAGAGUUAAUGAGGAAAAUAUAUUAUAGAUGGUAUAUCGUGCAGGUCAGACUGGCAAAAAUUUACCCGGGAACAUCCGCAAAGUGCUGGAGAUGUGGGGAGACGGAAGGCACGAUGUACCACAUAUGGUGGACGUGCGGGGUGAUUCGUCCCUACUGGGAAUUGGUAGAGAGCAUUAUCAAAGCAGUUGUAGAUACCAACAUCACACUUACCCCAGAAAUGAGCAUCCUAUUUAUGGACUUGGGCCAGUUCAGGGGAAGUGGGGCAACACUGAUCUUCCACAUAUUAAUAGCAGCCCUAACGCUCAUAGCUAGAGAAUGGAAAAACAUAACAGCACCGACAAAACUUGCCCUAACGAGACAAAGCACCACUAACUUACAAUACGAAAAGGUAGUGAGGAAAACCCACGGCAACAGCCAAAGAUUUGAGGAAGCACAACUUAGUUGGGAAGCCAUAAAUGCCCCCACGGAGAAGAUGGACAGUGAAUAGUACACAAACCACAGUAUCUACCCCCUAAGGAGACUUUGAAACACACAAGGUACAUACCCCCAUGGGUGUAAGGUGGAGAUCAAUGGACUGGGAACAGAGGGGAAACAAGAGGAUAGAGUAGGUAGUAGAUGGUCGGACAAGGGUACAGAGAGGAAUAACACAAAGAACAAUAAGAGGACAAAACUGGUAGGACGGCUGGCAAACCCCACCCCACCAGCAUUUUUACCCCCUACUUCACUGGGAUACUGAUUGGGAGACUCAGAGGGCGCAGAACUUUAGAACAUUAGAACAUUUGAGUACUAUACAAAAAUGGGAGCGCACACUAACCCAGUACAGAGUAGUUCAAGCUCACUUAGUUGGGACCGAAAGGUGUACGCUCAGAGAGAUGAGGAGCAAGAGAGGUUCCAGAAACUAAUGGUAGAGGGCAAGUGCAGAGCAGACAAUGGGUAUAAAAUGUCACUGCGCGAUACUGUACUAAGUAACAACGGAUAAUAUUUAUGACGGUAAUAUGUGAUGUCCCACCCUAACCCCCUUCUCCUUUAUGUAUCCCAAGAUUUAUUUGAAAAUAAAAAUUGUCAAACUGGAAAAAAUAUAUAUAUAUAUAAAAAAUUCCUGACCAGCCACCCUCUGAAUGCUGCCAAAGCCUUGAUCCUGGCACUCUGGGGGAAACUAGAAGCCCCAACGACCCAAAACUGGAUGGGAUGGGUGGAAGCAUUAUAUAACAUGGAAUGUCUCACAGCCGCUCUUAGGGGCACCUUGGAUAGAUGCACGCAACUGUGGGAAACCAUGGAUGGAUUUUAUCUCCGGGAGAGAAGCUAGGCCCCUAACCUCUGCCUUGCAAGACACAGACUAAGGGCGAUGGAUGGUGAAUCAUACAUCGGCAUAAUGCCACCUUGUCCUGUGACCCUCACUCUCAGAGAUAGUAAACCAAUUGCAGAUACAGCAAUGGAAAACUAAGAGGCACUAGCCAUACCUGUGCAGAUGUUGGAGCCGGAGACUGCGGGGUGGCUUGCUGGACAUACAUUUGCUGUGAAUUUACACCUACCCCCCCACCACCCCCUUUUUUUUCUCUUUCUAUUUUUCCUUCCUCCUCUCUCUCCUCAACCCCCCCCUCCCCCACUAACCUUACUCAAUCUAAUCUCAAUCACUAAUGAGGGAAAGGAGGGUACCCUGUUUAGGAUUACCUCUGUGCGUAAAUGACAGACAUACGUCAUCUUGAGAUUGCAAUUUGCACAAUGCUGCACUAUUAUUAAAUAUUUGCAGAAAUCUACAUUACUGUACAUUACCUUGAAUAAUUCCAAUGUUUGUCUGCUAACGGUCAUUUCAAUGUUCUUUACAUGCCUUGCUGAUAUGGUUGCAAAGUCUUAAAUAAAUAAAAAGAAAAUAAAUAAAUAAAUAAUAAAACCCUGAUGACAUUUUUGGGAAGUUGCGUUCUCCUAUAUGCCAGCGGGUUCCUAAAUAUCCACAAGCAAGGUUUUUAACCAUUUUCUUUGUCUAAUUUUAUCAUAUCAACUUAGGAAAAAUGGUGUUUCACCUUUAAGGCUACUACAUUGAAAGAUAGAGGAUACUGUAUAUUAUAUUACACUUUAUAUCCCCCACUGUUUCUGUGAAGGAUAACAAAUGAAUGAAUGAAGAUUUUAAUUUUUUUGCUUUUCUUAAAUUUUCAUUAAACCAGGAAUGAUAAACAAUUAACAAGGCAACUGCAAAGUUUUGUUGCAAAUACAAUUUGGAAUAAUGAGUUUUCUUAAUUUUAGCAUAAUGAAGAACUCCAGGUAGAAUUCGACAUGGUGGAUAUGUAAGUAACAAGUAUCUAUGCAUGUUAUCUUGGAUUCUCAUCUUAGUCUGGAGCUGGCACUGAUUUUAUGUGUGUCAUCGUUUAACAAAUUAAUAAAUACCAUCAAACUAAUCUUUUCAUACAUCUGCUUCAUGUUGUAAUGAAGGAAAAAAAUACGGAAAAGCACAUAGCCUCAAUCUAAUAUUUUUGGAUAUGUUUUUAACAAAUGAUCGCACUCUUUUAUAAAAACUCUAAAAAUAAUUUCUCUACAAAAAUCCUUAAAGGACUUUAAUGGAGGCUUAUUUAGAUAAAUAAUUUUGAAAGUUUUUCCAACAGAUUUUGAACGUUUGAAAAUAUCCAAAAAUAUUAAAUGGAGGCCUCAGUGUUUUAAAUAAACGAAUACAUAAACAUCUGUAACUUUCAGUAGUUUGAUACGAAUACAGGUUGACUCCAUGGAGGGCAAGGUAUAAUAAGCGUUGUGAUGAGAGUUUUUACAGUCGUUUGUCCUAUUUUUGCUUUUUUAUAUAAAUAUACCUUACUGCCGAAAUCAGGGCGGUUGAAAAGCCUGAAAUGUCAUUUUUAUUGUUUUUUAUUUUUUAUUCACAAGUUUGUCACUGUAUGAAAAAAACAAAAAAAAUUCAGAAGUGUGCAAUUUCUGUAGGACAUUGUUUCCAUGUUUUAUGAGACAAGCAAGCAGUUUUCACAUUUUUCCUUUUUGUUACAAUGUAUAUAAAUCCUUCAAUUAAUGAAUACGAUUUUUUUUUCUGGUCGUAUUCAUCAUUAGUCUCAUCCUGUAAAUGAAAUCAGUGUUAAAGAAGAAUAAAAAUUGUCAGAAGGAUGGACGAUUUGUAACCGUUUCAAGAAAAUGGCUCGUGCUCGCAAAACUAGUGAAAACGAAAAGCGGACCCCAACACUUUUCACAAAAUUUUCAUCUCUUAAUCAUUUUCUUAAACGUUAAAAAUUAUAAAUACAUUUUUAUUAAAUUAAAAAAAAAAAGUACAGAUCCCUAUGUGUAAGGACAAAGCUGCAUCCUUAAAAAAUACUUUCCUAAUUUCUCUCUUUAUUAUUAUGAUCGACAUUUAUAUAGCGCCAACAGAUUCCGUAGCGCUUCACAGUAUUAUGAGAUGGGGGAUUUAACUAUAAAUAGGACAAUUACAAAAAAACUUACAGGAACGAUAGGUUAAAGAGGACCCUGCUCAAUCGAGCUAACAUUCUUUAGGAGGUGGGGUGUAAAACACAUUAGCUCAGAUAUAAUAAAGGAACAGGUCACUAUUUAAAAUGUAUUGAUAAUGUAAUGUAACCCAACUAUCAUUAGUCGAAUGCAAUAACCGGUGAAUAAAAAAAAACAAAGCCCUAACUACUGGACAACACCCAAACCUCAUGAGAAUGUCUGUAGGUGGUUUUCGAAAACCUCAAUGUAGUUUGCCAAAUUACAAAGGAAAAUAAAUAUGUAUUUUCACCAAUACAACGUGAAACAGUGAUGUGGGAAAACUGUAUAAAAAUAUGUGAGAAUAUCCUAGACCUGUGCUGUUGAUGUUAUAUGUCUGCUGCAAUGUAAUACCAUCUAAUUUACUAAUUAAUGUUGUGUUGUUUUAGCCCAGAACCAAAGAAAAUGGUCACAACUAACGGCGUUUUAGUGGUAAGCUACUUGUAAACGCUGUGUGUUGCCUUCCUUAGAAUACACUGUUGCGCUGUAACAAUAGUCUAAGACACAAAUUAAUAAAAUAUUGCAGUUUCUUCAAAUAUCUCUUUUUAUUGAACAGUAAUUUGUAGUGACAAGCCUUUGGGAGUUCCUCCCUUUAUCAAAUCUAAUGCUUUAAACCACCCGGAAGCUCGUCACUAAAAAUUUCUGUUAGUUCAGCAAAAGAGGUAUUAAAAGAAACUGCAACAGAAACUGCUACGGCAAAUCAAAUAUCAUGACUACAAUAGUUCGUUAUAGGUAUAAGACGCCAUGUUCACUCAGUUUUGUUGUAAAGAUCAUUGUCCUGGUGGUGUAUCGCUGCUCAAUUUUCUGUCAUUUAGGAGUUAAAUCACUUUUGUUUCAAUUUAUGCAGCCCUAGCCACCCUCCAGCUGUGACUGACACAACAUGCAUGAAAUCAUGGUUUCAUUUUCCACAAUAUGUUAACUUACCUUAGAAGUUUUUAUCUCCUGCUCUGUAAAUUAAACUUUAAUCACACACAGGAAGCUAUUAACAGUGCAAGAGAUAAGAAAGUCCAAAUAAAACAAAAUUUACAAUAAAGCAAGUGUAAACAUUAAAUCUCACUUUACAGGAAGUGUUUAGGAAGUCUGUGUGAGUCACAUGCAGGGAGGUGUGACUUGGGCUGCAUAAACAAAGUGAUUUAACUCUUUAAUGGCAGGGAAUUUAAAGUAUCCUGCCAAUUCUUCACCUAAAAAUCCUGUUUUUUUAUCUCCUUAUAUUCCAUUACUCGUUAGUUAAAAUGGCAGAGUCAACAAACGUGAGGUCAUACACAUCAUGUGCUACCAUAGGAUGAGCAGGUGACAUCAUAUAUUAUCCAAGCAUUCUUUAUAAUGUAUCCAAACAUUCUUUAUUUGAGGAGCUUGUAAAUCAUUAGAUAGUUAGGUAGCUGUGUGUAAAUAAAACAUUGUAAUUUUAUAGCACUAUAAAUGGCUUAUUUCAUGAGUCAACCCAUUCUACUGGGUUAUUAAUGUAUUACAAUUUCUCAACACAAGGAGUCCAAACAAACUAGCAAUUUGUGCCACACCAGAUCCUGCUGACACACAGACAGAGUUAACAAUCAUCAAACCGAUUAUACGUGGUGAGAAAACAUUGCUAAUUCUUAGUAAAUAGCAGCCAAGAUCGUUGUCACUCUGCAGAGUAGGUGUAUUAAACUGAGAUCAGCACAGGGGAGAUUGAUAUCUUAUCUAACCUCACAAAAGUUGGAGGAGACCCCAUGCUCAUGUCAGUGAACAUUCAUGCCGUACGUUGCAUGCAGUUAUUUUGAUAUAGCCAUUAAAAUCAUUAGUUAGUUUCCAGUAAGGAAUGUGUGACCUGGAUAAAUAUCUUUAUUGACCAUUUUAGCUACUCUGCAUGCAUCAUAAUUACUAAAAUGAUAAAAAGCGAACCUUGUUUCUUGCAAACUGCCUGAUGCACCAAACUAUUUACUAAUACGUGCAACCAGGAAUCACAAAUGAGCUGAUCCCAUUUAUUGCACGUAAACUGAAUUGAAACCUGUUUGUAGCUUUGUUAGAUACAAUUAUAUAAACAAAUGCUUCCAUAUGUGUGAUAGGAGUAUAUUUCUAUAUUUUAGUGUCCGGAAAUGACUUCUCUGGAAAUUCAAGUGGAAAAACAAGAAACAAAUAAAUUCAAAAGUAAAUAUAUUUUACCCUCUUCCGAAUAAUCUAUCUUCGAACUUGUGAAUCUGUGAGUCCCCUCUCUUCCUCUAAGGUCACUCCAAAAUUACUAAAUCUUGAGACAAAAUAAUCCAAGCUUUAACUCAGAUAUUCUGAAUUUCAGCUUUUACGUUAUCACUAAUCCUUUUUUUCCCACGAAUCUAACAGAUCAACAUAUUUUAUUUAAUCUAUUUUUUGUUCUUAUUCCCUUUGCCUAUACCAUACAAGAAUAAAACAUAUUUGUUUUGUUUUAUUAAACGUUUUUUUUAUUGCCGUUUUUUAAAUUUUAUUUUUCAUUCUAUAAUAAUAAUUAUGAUUGUGUGAUCUUAGAAAAAAACGAGCUGGCUUUGGCGGUCACAGGCUCAUAUGAAGAAACUCACAAGAUAAUAAUUACUCCACAUGACACAAAUGGAUCCGAUUCGAAAGAGACAUUUGCUUUCCAUUACCCAAGAGACUGGGGGACAGAACUCACUGCAAGUCUGAAUAGAGUGUACCCACCUUUGGAUGUCACAUUUGUAAGUUGUUAUCGUGGCUACAAGUUGAAACGUUCAAAAAUGCCCAAGUUUUUCUGCAAUCAGGUUUACCACUAGAUGAAACGAGAGCUAAAUUCAGUUUCCAUUUUCACUCCUCGCUAAUACAUAUUUGUUAAAUGUGGGGGACAAGGAAACCUAUUCUUAAAAAUUCUGAGAAGUGACAAUUUCCAUUUAAUGAUACUGUUUCAAAUUAGAAUAUCCUACUCAUUUAGAAGCAUGAAGCUACAUUAGCCAGCCGUCUUGUGCGAGUGUCACUAGCGAGGUACUUUUUCUGAGGCCUUGGAGUAAAAUGUGUUGUCUGUCCAAGACUAUGAGCAGGAAAUUACUUAAAAAUAAACACAGUAUCUACAUGACUACCUUUCCUUCUAAUGUGAUCUCCAGUCCAUCUGUGAUGACAAAUUUUUAUUUUAUUUAAAUAUCAAGUGAGAAGUGACCCACGGAUGAAAACAGGAGGAUCAGUAAAAAUAAAUAAAUCUACUGUAUAUUUAUAUAUUAUAUAUAACUCUCUCUAUAUAUUUAAAUAUUGAGAUCAAACAUACUUGAUGAUGGAACUACAGCUUGGGGUUUUUAUAUUUGUGAUAUAGUUUGAAGCAGAUAGUUAUAGAGAGAAAAAUAAAUAAGAAAUUAAAAUUAGUAAUGAUUUCAUACAUGUAUCUUUCAUUAUAUAUUUUUUUGCGACCUAGACUAACGAUGCAGAAAAUGAUUUCAACCUGACCACAGUACCUCUUACGUUACUUUCUCCGGACAGCGAAACUAAGGUCCAGUUGACAGGAACAGAGGCAAGUAAACAAUGCUAUUUAUCAUUUAAAAAACAAAGCGAAACGUAUGGGUAAUAAGGAAGUAUCUCAGCUUUUGUUACGAUUAUUGAAUAUUUAGGCGCAUAUAUCACCUUUAACAAUAACGUACUGAUUUACAUCUUAAGUUUAUGUGUUGGUUUAUUUAUUUCAAACAAGUCUUUUUUUGUAACACUCAAAUCAGAUAUUAUUGGCUUCUAAAAUUAAACUAGUAUUUUCAUCUUGGGGUAAUAACCAAAACUGAGAAACUCUGGUGAAACUGUAACGCAGAGUUAAAAAGCAGAUGUUACGCAGUUGGGGAAUACACACUGUUUAAUACUGCUACAUAGUUUUGCUGUUUUAUUUGCAUCUAUACCAAAAGGAAACCUUGAGAAUGAGAAUUUCCCUUAGCUAGUGGAUCACACCCUCAUCUACUGAUUAAGAAAAGGGAUAUAUAAUAGAAACAUAGAAACAUAGAAUGUGACGGCAGAUAAGAACCAUUCGGCCCAUCUAGUCUGCCCAAUUUUCUAAAUACUUUCAUUAGUCCCUAGCCUUAUCUUAUAGUUAGGAUAGCCUUAUGCCUAUCCCACGCAUGCUUAAACUCCUUUACUGUGUUAACCUCUACCACUUCAGCUGGAAGGCUAUUCCAUGCAUCCACUACCCUCUCAGUAAAGUAAUACUUCCUGAUAUUAUUUUGAAACCUUUGUCCCUCUAAUUUAAGACUAUGUCCUCUUGUUGUGGUAGUUUUUCUUCUUUUAAAUAUAGUCUCCUCCUUUACUGUGUUGAUUCCCUUUAUAUAUUUAAAUGUUUCUAUCAUAUCCCCCCUGUCUCGUCUUUCCUCCAAGCUAUACAUGUUAAGAUCCUUUAACCUUUCCUGGUAAGUUUUAUCCCGCAAUCCAUGAACCAGUUUAGUAGCCCUUCUCUGAACCCUCUCUAAGGUAUCAAUAUCCUUCUGAAGAUACGGUCUCCAGUACUGUGUACAAUACUCCAAGUGAGGUCUCACCAGUGUUCUGUACAAUGGCAUGAGCACUUCCCUCUUUCUACUGCUAAUACCUCUCCCUAUACAACCAAGCAUUCUGCUAGCAUUUCCUGCUGCUCUAUUACAUUGUCUGCCUACCUUUAAGUUAUCAGAAAUAAUCACCCCUAAAUCCCUUUCCUCAUAUGUUGAGGUUAGAACUCUUUCAAAUAUUCUGUACUCUGCCCUUGGGUUUUUACGUCCAAGAUGCAUUAUCUUGCACUUAUCCACAUUAAAUGUCAGUUGCCACAAUUCUGACCAUUUUUCUAGUUUACCUAAAUCAUUUGUCAUUUGGCUUAUCCCUCCUGGAACAUCAACCCUGUUACAUAUCUUAGUAUCAUCAGCAAAAAGACAUACCUUACCAUCAAGACCUUCUGCAAUAUCACUAAUAAAAAUAUUAAAGAGAAUGGGUCCAAGUACAGAUCCCUGAGGUACCCCACUGGUGACAAGUCCAAGCUUCGAAUAUAUUCCAUUAACUACAACCCUCUGUUGCCUGUCACUCAGCCACUGCCUUACCCAUUCAACAAUAUUGGAAUCCAAACUUAAAGAUUGCAGUUUAUUGAUAAGCCUUCUAUGUGCAACAGUGUCAAAAGCCUUACUGAAAUCUAGGUAAGCAAUGUCUACUGCACCACCCUGAUCUAUAAUUUUAGUUACCCAAUCAAAAAAAUCAAUAAGAUUAGUUUGGCAUGAUCUCCCUGAAGUAAACCCAUGUUGUCUCUGAUCUUGAAAUCCAUGUGUUUUUAGAUGUUCAUCAAUCCUAUCCUUUAACAUGGUUUCCAUCACUUUCCCCACUACUGAAGUAAGGCUUACUGGCCUAUAGUUGCCCGACUCCUCCCUAUUACCUUUCUUGUAAAUGGGCACAACAUUCGCUAACUUCCAAUCUUCUGGGACUACUCCUGUUAACAAUGAUUGGUUAAAUAAAUCUGUUAAUGGUUUUGCUAGUACACCACUAAGCUCUUUUAAUAGCUUUGGGUGUAUUCCAUCAGGUCCCAUUGACUUAUUUGUCUUUACUUUUGACAGUUGAAAUAGAACCUCUUCCUCUGUAAACUCACGUGUAAUAAAUGACUCAUUUAUCCUUUUUCUCAACUGAGGUCCCUUUCCUUCAUUUUCUUCUGUAAAUACAGAACAAAAAUAUUCAUUGAGGCAGUCAGCCUGACCUUUAUCCUCUUCUACAUACCUUCCUUCUUUUGUUUUUAAUCUAACUAAUCCUUGUUUUACUUUUCUUUUCUCAUUUAUGUAUCUAAAAAAUGUUUUAUCCCCCUUUUUUACUGACUGUGCUAUUUUCUCUUCUGUGUGUGAUUUGGAAGCUCUUAUAACUUGCUUAGCCUCUUUCUGCCUAAUCUUAUAGAUCAUUUUGUCUUCCUCACUCUGGUUUUUUUUAUAAUUCCUAAAUGCUAACUUUUUGUUUUUAACUAUUUUGGCCACAUCUGCGGAGUACCACAGAUCACUGGAUCCUAAACUUUCACCUACAGUAACAUCUGAUACCAAAUCUCCAUUUGUUAACACUAAAUCUAGUAUGGCCUCUUUACGAGUUGGCUCCUCAACAACUUGUUUUAGAGACAAUCCCAGUAGGGAGUUUAGAAUAUGUGUGCUCCUGGCACAAGUAGCUAAUUUUGUUUUCCAAUUUACAUCAGGAAAGUUGUUCCACAUGUUAAAUGUACCCUGGUUUUGUUUGUGAUUGGUUUUAUCAUCCCUGUUUACAGUCCCACAGAUACUGGAUAGAUAUUUAUCCCAAUUUGUCUUGUCCUUAAUCAGCGUAUACUGGUUAAUUAGCUCAUUUCAGUCCCAGUACUAUCCAUGAAUGAACUAUUUUAUACACCCCCCAGCAUGUACAUCUGCAUUUUCUUAUCUCUGUUAAGAAUAUUAGGAUCAUUUGUUAUCCACUUUUCUCAAUCAGUGGAGAAGGGUGGGAUUCUAGUCCAGGAUACGCCCAGUGAUAUCCGUCUCGCUGUUGGUGCCUAAGCCUUUUACCUUGGUACUUUUUGAUUUAUUUCCAUCUGUACCUCUAACAACAAUAAUAUACAUUUGUGAAUGUUAUUUUAAUUAUAUUUCAGGUUCUUUCUAAGUCAUUUUCUUUAUAGCACCUCUAUAUAUAUUGUUUGUGUAUAUUGUGAUAAAGUGAAGGCAGAUAGGCCUAUAACAUUUAACCCUAGGGGGAGUAUGUGUAGUAUGCGUUGUAGGCAACACAAUCCACCGUUUAGUUAUGGGCCCCUGGGGUGGAGCAUUUGGAGAGCAGGGUGGGCCAAUGCUCCACUCCUCAGUUUAUACACAACUGGGGGAAAUAAUGUCCAGGCCAGAGUUUUUUGGAGCUGUCUCCAACCCACUGCUCAGCUGCAGAUAAUCAGCUGUAGCAGUGGGAAUAAACCCCUCCCUGCUAGCCAGGUGAAGAGGGAUUGCUGGCUUCCUCCCUGGAAGCAGGUAGGAGUGAGGCUGUUCUCUCCAGUAAGAGAGUCAAGGAGACUGAGCACUGGGAGUGCAAAAGGAAAGCAGUCAAGGCUGGCUUGGAGCACUGUGAGUGCAAAAGGGAAGCAGUCAAGGCUGGCUUGGAGCACUAGGAGUGUAGAAAGGGAAGCAGCAGGCUGUCAGAAACACUGGAGUGCUGAGAGCUGGAAAAGACGCUAGGUUGGUGAAACCAUUUCUUGUUUUUGUUAUAGAUUAAACCCUUGAGAGAGAGGGAACUUGAUGUCAGUUAGUGCUCAGACCGAGCUAGGUUUUUGUUUAUAGGGUUUUGUUACAUUUUUGUUUUUCAAAAAGACUAUGCAUGUUUGGGCCCAAGAGGACCGUGCUACCUGCAGGCAAAGAUCAUAAUAUAUGUACUGUAUAUAUGUGUAUGUAUAUAUAUCUAUAUGUAUAUGUGUAUAUAUACAUGAAAAAGAGUUUUGAAUCUUUCACAAAUUGAUUGUUUUCACCGAAUGUCAUUUCUAAUACGGACUCCCUUCUAGAAACCUCAUGCAUUAUGGGACGUGGGUGCCUCACUUAUUAAAUGUGUCCCACAAAUACAGGCAAGUUAAUCAUCCGAGAUCGUGACCUCUCAAUUUCAUUCCAAAUGUGAUUGCUUGUCAUUUUUUUUCCCCAGCAGGUUUUCAUUAUAUAAAUAAAAUGUAAUAAGCCAAGAGGCCGAUGGUAAAGCCAACGAUGACCAACUACCCAAUUAGACAUAAAUCAUUUAAUUAGGUUUAAAGGCUUCUGCCGCAAACAAACAAAAUAUGCAUUUUAGAGUAGAUAUGGGGUUUAUUUACUAACAUAAAAUUGUCCACAGUACUUAGUUUUGGUCUGGUUCCAUUCCGUGUAUUCGUUAGCAUCUGAAUUAAGAAAAAUAAACUGGGCGGAAUUGUAAGGCAGCCACAUUUACUCAAAUGGGAGCCCGAUAGUUGCAGAGCAAUUCUAGAUCUAAUUACGCAGAUAUUUCUGUAGCGUGAUAUGAUAGCCAGAAACAAAAUAUACUGACAUAUUGUAUUACAUUAUAAUUAAAAUAAAUCUAUUUUCCAAGGCUCCAGGAGGACUAGGGGAGAACUGGAGAAUUCUAUCUUUUGCUCAUUAAUACUUUGCUAUGAAGACAGGAAAAUUAUGGAGAGUCUUCCUCCAUCCCAUAUCAUGGAUUUAAUAAAUUCCUAUAUUGUGUAAAUGACCAUAAAUGCUCUUUGCCCAUUCAAACAUCCUCUGGGCUGAUUACUGUUUCAUUAUUUGGUUGAUAGUAUUAAAUCCAUGAAGCUAAGUAAGCUAUAAUAUUACUCUUUAUAUUUGGAAUGACAGUUUGCUAUGUCACAGAUUAGAGAAAUUAGAUUAGCAAAUUUGUUUCUCUAUAUUUCUCGGUUGUACUUGGUGUAGAUUUUGUUAGAGCUAUGAUGCACCACAGCCAAAUUUGCGAAAUCACUGGAAAUAGAAUAAUUGUCAGGGGAUUAACAUGAAGUGAAUGCCGAAACAUGAGCAUGUUUUCUAAAUUAGCCACGGAAGCCACAACCAAACGUGUCUGUUGACAAUUCAAUGUUUAGGGAAUAUAUCCCAUGGAUUAAACAUGUGUCUCUAAUUAUGUGACAGCAUUGGUAUGAUGAGUUAAAUAUAUCUCAUUAAUGUUAGUUCUGAGAGACCAUAUUGUUUUAUUAAAUGGAAUAAUGACAUAAAUAUUUAAAUUCAAUCAUUCUUGUUGCAGGCCAUGCCUCUGGAAAUACAACUGAAGUUGAAAGAAUGGUAAGUUAGUAUUCGAUCAGGAUUUCAGUUGGGAUGUCCCGUGCAACCCUUCUUCUGAAGCUCUGAAGAGGGUGUCCCCAUCCUGGUCACAUGUGAUCACAGCCAACCAGUUUUAGAUUGAAAGCUCUGGUUUUAACUAAUUACAAGUGCUAUUUUUACUAGAUAGUGUCUGCUGAUGCUGUUGCAUCCACAUAAAAAGUUUCCCUGGUUGUUAUUAUUUACGUAUCAGGGUUCGGUUAUAUCUGUGCUUCUAAACAUGUCAUAGACACAGCCAAGCACUCGGUAAUCGUGUUAAAAGAAAUGAAUUGCCAAAAGGUCUCUUCAGUCUCUGGCUUUCUGGAUCUUAGAGAUUACCAUGUAUCACUAGAUAGCCACGUUGAUACUGUGGGUUCUAUCCCUUUUUGUACGUGUUUCUGGAGAUGUCACAGCACAAUGCCUUCAGCAGUGAUGGAGUGUCGUAUGAGUUUCAUUAAUAUAGAAAGUUGUAUUUGAGUUUUCUAAACAAGAGAUCUAAGUCAUUAGAGGUGCUUAAUCUCACUCUAUAGCAAAAUGCUAGAAACUGCUCCCAUGCACCCCAUCUGUGCCUCCCAAAAUAAUUCUAUUUUGAGAAACCCACCUUCCAGCACAUGAAUGUCAGAAUUUGGGCUGGUUUAAUAGUGUCAAGCAGGCCAAUGCCAUUGGAUGGGUUUGUAAGCCAAUCAAUCACCUUGUACUGGAGACUCCUAGAGCCUACAGAAUCAUAUUAAAGAGUAACUCCAAGCAUCAUCACCAUCAUAGCCUGUAAUGGUUAUGAUGCCAGGCGUACCUUAGCUUGGUUACCCAGUAAUGGGGCAAACCGUUUAGUAACCAGGCUACUGGUUUCUUCUCAGCGUUAGCCGUUCCAGUCACCAUUCAUUGGCUGAGAAUGUCAGCUGACUGCUCUUGGCUAAUAAAUGCACUACUGUGCAUGAAAAAUUGCAGAAAAUGAACAUUACCCAACAGACAAAUGAUGCUGUAGCUGUUACACCUCUGGCAGCAGAAGGGGUUAACUCUGUAUGUGCAGUGUUUCAUAGCAAAAAAAGAUUCUGCUUUAAAUCACUGAAGUGGUUACGGUUCAUUGAGUAACCCUUUAAAUCCCUUUCCACUUAAAGAGCUAUUAAUUACUGCGUCGUCCAGCCAAAAGACAUCAGUUAAAUUAGCAAAAUUCUUUAACCCCAUUUAUUAAUUUUUUUAAAUAAAUCGUGUAUUUCAAUGGCAUGAAAAGACACUUGAAAAUCAUACAUCCAAGAUAUUAAAAAUCAGUUUGAAUAAAAGUUUGUAAAAUGUAACUGUAUGUCUUUACAGUCCCGAGAAACUUGAUGUGCGGCUGGGCUUCGAUCUGUGUGAUCAGGAGAAAGAGUUUUUGAGCAAGAGACAAAAGGUUGUGGCUGCAGGACUAAAAAAUGUUCUCCAACUAAAAGAAGAUUUGGUGGGAGAAGAGGUUAGUGAGCAGUAAAUGAUGUAUUGUCCAUAAUGAUCUAAUAUAGGGAUCCCCAGAUGUCUUCAAAUGACAGCUUCCACCAUGCCUUGUCAUUCACGCAAAGCAUCAUGUGAGUUUUAGUUCUACAACAUCUGGGGAUCUGCCUUUUGGGCACCCCCGAUCUAAAAUCUAUGUGUUUAUAUAAAUGUGUGCAAACAUAACUGCUGUACCAAUUCUGAGCAACCAUAAAUUGCAUGAAAUCCACAAGCUUUGUUUAUUAUUAUUAUUAUUAUUUAUAUAUUGCCAACAUAUAGACCAAAGAGCAUCAAUGCCAAGUCUACUGACUGGGAUUCGAACAUGGAUUUCCCAGUUUGAAUUCAGUGACAUUACCACUACUCUAACCAGCUGAUAUAAAGGGUUAUCAGGACUCUCUAAGCACCAUAGGCAGCAGUAGUGGUUAUAUUUAUAUAAAUCCUAGAAUGUGAAGAUAAUUGGUUGUAAGAAUAUAGCAUUCUAUCAGUAACAAUACUGCGACGCACAUUUACCUCCUCUAACGCUUCUCAUACACAACCUAGAGAUUCGGAACCUGUAUAGGAAAAGCUGAACAAAGUAUAAGAUAUUUCUAUGUGUCCUCUGAUCACAAAUCACUUCUACAGACACUAUAAAACACUCUGCCAUCCUAUUCUCUACCUAUUAUCAAUAUAGACUCCUCUGUGUUGUUUUGUCCGCAGGUUCCUGUCGUAGCUGUCAUGGCCACUGGAGGUGGUGCGCGAGCUAUGUCUUCUCUGUACAGCCAUCUGUGCGGCCUUCAGAAGAUGGGGCUUUUAGAUUGUAUCACCUACAUUGCAGGGGCCUCUGGCUCUACAUGGUAAGGGGAGAAUAUACUGAAAUGGUUAAUUUAUCAGUUAGCAACCUCUUCCAGAGUCAUUCACAAACCUCUUAACCAAUGAGUGUCUGUAUGUAUGUCUGUGUGUGUCUCUGCAUGUGUGUGUGUGUGCAUGUCUGUGUGUGCGUGUCUGUGUCUGUGUGUGUGUGCGUGUGUGUGUGUGUCUGUGUGCGUGUGUCUGUGUGUGCGUGCUUUGUUUGGUGUGUUUGUGUUUUCUUUAUUACUCUGCUAGCCAAGUGAACUUUUAGAUUGUCUUUCCCCAAUACUGGACUCCAAGAUUAUGUCACUUCUGCUUCUCUCGUGUGCAGGAACCGGAGAUGAACUUGUUUUUUUUUUUUUAUAAUUCUUUAUUUUUUAUUUUGUCAAUGACAGAUAUAAUUAGGUAGUGCAAUUUAGUGGCUUGCGCAGAAGCCGCGAUAUCGUUCAGGCAGUGUAUAGGUUAUUACACGUACAUCUUUUGAGAUUUACACCUGUCUGUCAUCGUUUUUCAACAAAUACGGUAAGAACAACAUUCAGAUAACUUACAACUUAUAACAUAAGAGGUUAUUCUUAACAGGGCCUUUGGGUUGCCGUCGCGGUGCAGCGGCUUUGGCGUGUUGAGCAUCUAGGUCGGGUUACCGGAAAGUCCGACCUUGUAUUGGGGAUGGGGUGAAUUAACCUAAAAAGAGGGGGGGGGGAUGGAGAGGGAGGGGGGGGAAGUGGUCUUGGACGUUUCUAGUGGUUUGCUAGUCAUCUGUGUGGUUAUCCCAUGGUUCCCAUACCUUUGUGAAAGCUUUCAUAGUGCCUCGUAUUUGAGCCGUCAGUUUGUCCAUGAGGUGACACUCUUUGAUCUUGUUGAGUACUGCGGUCAUUGAGGGAGGGUUUGGUUGUAACCAUGUUUGGGCUAGGGCUUUUCUAGCUGCUAAUGUUAUCUUGUUAAGCAAUUGUUGUUCAGGUCUGGGUAGGUCGUCUAGGGGUCUAGCCAGCAGGAAUGUCCAUGGGUUUGUGUCUAUCGGUCUAUGUAAGAUUUGCGCUAUUAGCUUCUGGAUGUUUUCCCAGAACAGUUUAAUUAUGGGGCAGUACCACCACAUAUGUGCGUACGUCCCUUUUUCUCCGCAGUUACGCCAGCAGAGGUCCGUGGGUGUUUUUUUCAUGUGGUUUUUUCAGUUGGACCGGUGUGACGUACCAGCGUAGCAUCGUUUUAUAUGCCUGUUCCUGCAUCGUGACGCAAAUGGAGGUUCUGGAAUUGGCUUCCCAUAUUUCCUGCCAGUCAAUUCCCUCUAGUGUUUCCCCUAAGUCAGCUUCCCAUUUGUCUAUGUAUUGCAGGUCCCCCCAGUCCCGAGUGGUGGAACAGAGGUGGGAGUAGAGCUGGGUGAUCAUGCCCCUAUGGUAUUGUUCCGCUAUGCAGAUGCGUUCAAAGAAUGUCGGAGUGGUUUUGGCGGCGGUUUUUACCGUCGUUUGGGCCGCGUAGUGUUUUAGUUGCAAAUACCGAAAAAAGUCGGCUGGUUUCAGAGUUGCUCUAGAUUGUAAGUCUGGAAAGGAGACUAUUGUGUCGCCCAUGUAUAGGUGGCACGCUCUCUGGAGACCUGCGUGCUCCAGCCCUUUGAAGUCCCAUGGUCGCAUACCUGGCGUGAAAGCCCUGUUUCGGUAUAGGGGGGUGAGGGGGGAGGUCUUAGUGGUUAGGUCGUAUUUGAGGGCAUAAGUAUCCCAUAAUUGGAUUGAGUUGGUGAUGGCUGGGCACGCCGUUCUCGGUAGUGCUCUAUGCUCUUUUGGUGUCCAGAUGUAGAAUUGUGGGAGGUCUGAUCCCAUUAAUGCUGAUUCUAGGUCUACCCACCUUCUAGUUUCUGGGGGGGUGUGCCAUAGGGCUAUUUGUGCCAUCUGUGCGGCUAUGUAGUAGAAAUGUAGGUGGGGUAGGCCCAGGCCUCCUUUCGUUCUGGGGCGGUAAAGUAUGUUGCGGGCUACUCUGUGCCUUUUAUCCUGCCAAAUAAAUCUAUCUAUCGCCCGUUGCAGGGGGAUGAGAUUGUGUUUUGUGAUAGGGAUGGGUAUGGCCUGAAAGAGGAACAGAAUUCGGGGUAGAAUGUUCAUCUUGAUGGAGUGUAUUCUCCCUAUCCAGGAUAUGGGUUUAUCCGCCCAGGUCUCCAGGUCCGAAAUGAGAUUGUCUAUCAUGGGUGUGUAGUUCAGCCUGUGGAGCUCGUUGGUGUCUGCCGGUAACUUGAUACCCAGGUAUGUGAGGGAGGUUGGAGUGACUCGUAUGUGAUAAUCUGAGGUUAUUUUAUUCGUGUCCGUCUGUGUGAGAUGUAUUGGGAGUGCGCUGGAUUUACCUACGUUAACUUUGUAUCCUGAGAUCUCACCGUAUUUGGUCAGGAGUGGGAGCAAUGCCUGUAGUGUGGGGAUGGGUUCCGUUAAAGUCAGCAAGACGUCAUCAGCAUAUCCUGAGACUAGAAAUUCUUGGUCAGCUAUUGUGACCCCUUUGAUUUGUGGGUGUUCCCUUAUGGCUUGGAGGAGUGGUUCCAGUGUCAGCACGAAGAGUAGGGGGGAUAGGGGGCACCCCUGACGGGUACCGUUGGAUAUAUUAAAUGGUGGGCUAUUUGUCCCAGUUAUCUUUAUUUGUGCCGAAACGGAAGUGUAUAGUGCGCGUAUCGCUGUUAUGUAUGGGGGGGGUAUGUUUAGAUGUUCUAGGAGGGUGAACAUGUAGGGCCAUUUCACGCGGUCAAAUGCUUUCUCAGCAUCCAGGGAAAGUGCUAGGGAUGGCGUUUUUUUGUUGGCUAGCAGCCAUAUUAUGUCUAUGUUACGUCUCGUAUUUUCGAAUAGUUGUCGUCCGGGUAUGAAUCCUACUUGGUCGGCGUGAACUAGAUUUGUCAGGUAUGGGUUUAGUCUACCUGCUAAGAUUUUGGCGAAGAUUUUGCUGUCGUGGUUUAUGAGUGAGAUGGGUCGAUAUGCUUCUGGUUGGGUGUGGUCUUUACCUGGCUUUGGUAGCAGGAUAAUGUUUGCCCGUGUCAUGUCUCUGUCUGGUGGGGUUCCCGUCAUAAGUUCUUGGAAUAAGGAUUCUAAGUGUGGGAUGAGUGUUUCCCUAAAGGUUUUGUAAUAGCUGCCUUCGAAACCGUCUGGGCCGGGGGCUUUAUUGCUUUUAAGAGAGGAGAUAGCUAUGUUUAUUUCAUCUUUAGAGAUUGGUGCUGCUAAUUCCGUUGCGGCUGCAGUGUGUAGUUUUGGUAAGUUUAGUUGGUUGAGGAAGUCGGUUGUUUUCUGUUUCGUCGCUGUGAUUGACAUGACAUCUUGGGGGGAAUGGUUGUAUAGUGUGUUAUAAAAGGUUGUGAAAGCUUGUGCUAUUUCUGUUGGGGAUGUUUUCAGUGUGCCGUCUGGGGCCCUUAUCUUGGUGAUGUGUGGGUGUUGGGUUCUAGGUCGUAGUGUGCGGGCUAAUAGUGUGUCCAUUUUGUUGGAUUUGUCAUAGUAUGUUCUUUUCGUCCAAGUGAGAGCUCGUGCCGUGUCAUCUAUAUUGUCUGAGAUCGUAGCGGGCGGUUUGGAGGCGUUGUAACGUAUGGGGGGUUGGGUCGGUUUUGUGGCAUUGCUCCGCUGUGCGGAGGGUUUCUAACUGUUGGGUAAGUUUCUGCGUUUUUUGUUUCUUUUUGUAGGUUGCUAUUUUAAUAAGGGAGCCACGAAUCACUGCUUUAUGGGCCGCCCAUACUUUGGUCAUGGGGAGUUCUGGUGUUAGGUUUUCUGUGAAGUAUGUGGUUAGCUGUUUCUGUAUGUCCUCUACUACUUGAGGGUCUUUAAGGAGGGAUGUGUUUAGCCUCCAUGUCCAUGGGGCAGGGCACUGGAUGCCUUGGAGAUGGAUCGCGACGUCCGCAUGGUCUGACCAUGCGAUGGUGCCUAUCUCCGUUUUUUGUGUUUUUGUGUAGCCUGCGUGGUUAGUUAAGAACAUGUCUAUGCGUGAGUAUGUGUCAUGGGGUGGCGAGUAGUACGUGUAGUCCUGAACAGAGGGGUGUUGAGCCCUCCAUGCGUCUAUGAGGCCUGUCUUGCGGAUAAAGUGGUGUAAUAGCUUGUCUUGUGCGCCCAUGCCAUGAGACCUAACUAGUCCUGGGCGAGUGCUUCUAUCUAUUGCUGGAGCUGGGGUUGCGUUCAGGUCUCCCCCUAGGAGGAUUAUCCCGGAGGGGAGCGCAAGGACUACGUCUGACAACUGGUUCCAGAAUUGGGGUGUGGGUGUGUUGGGGGCGUAGAUGUUGAUGAAGUGGAUUGGUUGGGAAUGAAUCCUGCCUGUGACUAGCACAUAUCUACCGUCUGGGUCUAACGUCGCUUGGGCUAUGUGAAUUGGGCAUCGUUUAUGUGUAAGUAUCGCCACUCCGUUCUGUUUGCGGAAGGACCGAGCCUCUGCGGCUAGGCGGUAUGUGUUGUCUCGGAGGGAGACCUGGGUGGAUCGAGACAGGUGAGUCUCCUGUAUGAAGGCUAUGUCAGGGUUUAACCUUUUUAGCUCCUUGAACAGUGUUCUCCUCUUGCGAGGAGCAUUGAGGCCUUUUACAUUAAGCGAGGAUACCUUAAGAGCCAUAAUCUAGAGGUUUCGGUGAGCGUUUUUUGUCCUUCUGGACGGUCGGGUGGCUGUGGUGGUUCGUUGCGGCUUGCAUGGUGUGUUUGCGCAGCGGGGCAUGGGGUCGGCUCCCACCUCUGUUCCUUUGUGUCACUGGGUGGGUGUGUGGUUGGGGAUGUGAACGUUGCGCCUCUGUCAUCGUCCAAGACCUAUGAGGGCCUAGGGUAGGUGGGGAAUGUAGGGGAGGUAGGUUGGUGGGGGAGGAUGAGGGUCUAAGGAGUUUUGGAGAAGGUGUGAUACGGCGUUGCCGUAUUGGUCUGGUCUUAUUCCGUGCCAGACCGUUGGGGGGUGCACGUACCCUGGUCUUCCCUGUGACUGUGUCAGUCUGGGAGUGUUGGGUCAUGAACCUGUUUUCCGAAGUGAUCCCCUGUUACCAUAUGUCAUUUGUCUGUUGCAUCUUUAAUGUGCAGCGUACAAGUUGAUGGUCUAUUGGGUGAUUCGUCUUCCCUGCCCCUGGUUCUUAAGGUUUGUGUUGCUUUAGUGGGGCCGGGUGCUCUUGGGAGUAGCCGCUUAGCGGUGUUUUCCACGAAAUGGGGAAAUAAUGGGCAGUUGUUACCCGUUUAGGUAGCUUUUCCUGGUCUACGAUGGUUCUCCUGUUUGUAGGCAUCAUUGUGUCGGGGCAAGUUUUUUAUUACUAUAUCAUGUCUUUUUUGUUUUUGUCAUUUAUUUAUUUAUUUAUUUAUUUUUUUAUUUUUUUUGUUUUUUAUUAUUAUUAUUUUUUUUUUUUUUAAAUCCCUUUUGCUGCUUAUCGGGUGUGACCUCUGUCAUUAGGGUGUGGGGAGGGGAGGGACCGGCUGCCAGAGACGGUCACUAGUCUAUCAGGUGGGCGACCGUAUGCGGCAGGGACGAGGGGGGAAGCGGGGGGAGAGAGGCAGGGGCGGGGAGGGAGAGCACAGGACAUAUAGCAAUACAUAUCAAUGCAAGUCCGAGGCACUUCAACCCAUUUACAUCCACCAUCUUUGCUAUUAUGUCACCCACUCUAGAUGGUCCCUGUGCCCCCCAGUGCCAUAGCCCCGCACCCCGCCCCGCCCCCCCCCAACCCGACACCCACCCCCCCAUCCCCCCCACAGCCCGCAAGCCCCCGCCGUCUAUGUGUGUGCUUUCUCUACGCGUGGUGUGGUCCCUGUCGUGAAGCUUGGUCUCUGUGUAGUGUGGUUGUGUAGCGAAUUCGUGUCUAGAGCAGUUGUACUUGCGUGGUGUGUAUGCCCUGGGUGACUUAUGUGACUGUACAUGUGUGUCCCAUAAAUGCUUUGCUUUCCCCUUUAGUGUCUAAGUUGCGGUAUCUUUGAACUGGUACUUGCUGUGAUAUCAAGAAGCCAGCAAUAGUCUCUGGGCAAGUUCAUAAUGUGGGUUAUCUUCGAUGCUGUGGGCGGGGAGGAUGCCGUGAAUGCCGCGGGGGCCCUUGGUGCUCCCGAGUCCUAUGUUGGUUGUGGUCAAGGGGAAGAGUCCGUUGAGCUGUGUAUGCAGCAGGUGUAGUUUCGGAGCAGGAGUCCAUCGUAGUUGGAGGGCAUCUUCAUCGGGCGUUGUUGUUUCAGUCCGCUCAGUGGGCUGAGAGUCUUUGUAGUUCUGUUGUCCGGAGUUUUGUUUCUGAUGGGUGCUGAGGAUGGGUAGGUCGUCAUGGUGUUGCUGGCCGAGGCCCGGUGAACUCGUUCCCGGGAGGAUGGGUCUGCCUUGGGUGUGGCUGGUCGUCUGCUGGCUGUUUACUCCGCGGCGGUGUACCAAUCGCGGGGUAGGGGUUGUAGGGCCGGGAGAGCAGAGUUGGGCAGCAUGAAGUUCUCCGGAACUGUGAUGCCCAAUGCGCGGAGGAAGGGUAUGGGGUCCGUGCCUGGCGUGAGAAUAUGGGAUCUGCCCUGUUUAAAGACCAGUAAUUUAAAGGGAUGCCCCCAGGCGUACCUUAUUGCGUUGGUCUUGAGUAGCUCUGUGACUGGCUUCCAUUCCCUUCUGCGUUGGAGGGUGAUGGGGGCCAAAUCUUGGAACAGGGAGAUUUCAACGUUCUUGUACGUUAUGGGGCUUUCUCUAGCUUUCCUCAGGACCGCUUCCUUCGUCUGGAAGUGGAGAAAACGGACUAUAAUAUCCCUGGGUCUUGUGUUGUCGUCUCUCCGGGCGCGUAAGGCCCUGUGGGCCCGAUCGAUGUGCCACUGCUCCUCCGGUAUCUCUGGUGAGAGAGGUCGCAGGAGUGCGAGGAGCAUGGGGGCGAUUGGGCCUUCGUCUUGUUGUUCUGGCAGGCCGCGCACGCGGAUGUUAUUGCGGCGCGACCUAUUUGCCAGGUCUUCGAGCGCUGCCUCCGAGGCCUCCAGUCUGGCGGUGAGGGUGUUCACGUGAGCGGCCACCGUGUUGUGGGCCACUGCGGUCGUUUCCACGCGCUGCUCCAGAUCGGCCGUACGCUCCCCCAGCUUGUGAAUUUCCGACAUCACUGCCUUAGAGCUCCGGUCAAUCUCCCGGGCGAGGUAGCUUUUCACCGCCGCCAGUUCAGUUAGUGUGUGGGCAGUUUCUGAUGCGGUGGAGCCUUGGGUCUGAGGAGGGCUCGAGUUUGCUGGUGAGCUAGGAGCUCGCGGGCUGUAUCCGCCGCCAUCUUGUGUGUCCUGGCGCGGCGUGCGGGAGGCCGCGAAAAGUUCAGGUACUGUGGCGGCCGUGUCUGCGUGUUUUUUGGCCGGUUUUCUCGGCAGGCGCUUGUCCAUGGUGUAUUAGGAGUCGGGAUGGGUAGGUAUUCCGUGGUUUUUUGCUAUUGUAAGCGUUUGGAACAGGGGUUCAGCGAGGAGCUCUAGGCUUGCACGUCCAGCUCGGUUCCCGGUCAAGCCACGCCCCCCAUGAACUUGUUUUAAAGUCAUGAUACUAAAUUGAAUUAAAAAAUCCAAAUCUCUUUUAACUGUAUGCCAGUUUUAUUCAGGAAGGAUAUGUGAUGCAUUCUUUGUUUGAUAAACAUAAGACUUUACAAGUGACUUGGGGUUUUAAAUAACUUAGUUUAUUUUGGCAUUCAAAUAAUGUAAAACUAAUUAUUGUGGCCGUGUUGCAGAAAACGCACUUUAUUGAUCGCUAAACCUUUUUUAUUAGGACAAUGAGCAAACUUUACGAAGAUCCUAACUGGUCACAGAGUGAGCUUUCAGAAUCCGUAAAUAAUGCAAAGAAACAUGUCACCAAAAAGAAAAUAAGCACCUUCUCCAUGGAUCGACUGAAAUAUUAUCGCAAGGAACUUCAGAACACGUCUAAGGAGGGCCUUAAACCUUCCUUUACAGACCUUUGGGGGCUGAUGAUCGAGUCGAUGUUUAAUAAUGGGGUAAGACCGCAAUGUGUAUGAUAUAAACAAGGCACUAACAAAUCGGGUGACAAGCAGACAUCUUCAGCCUCUUAGCGCUUUGGUCGCCAGGUCAAAAAUUCAGAUCAAACACAAUCAACAUGACAGCUGGAAUCUGUGCUAUGGAUUAUAAAACUCCAAUGCAAUCACUGUGUUCAUUCUAACUUUAUUCUAAGCAUCUCUAUGUCAUCACGAACGCAGCAUUACAGACAUUCCACAGCAUAAAACGAUAUGCAACUGUGUCUGUGUAAGUAUUGUUGACCUCUAAAGGUGUGUAGACACAGGCAUGGUGACAAGAACAACGCUAAGAUUAGUAAUGGCACAUUCUAUUAAUUCCUAAAUACUGACCAAGAAAUAUUGUUGUGAAUCCCAGCAACAGCAAAGCAUGCUGGAUAUGUCAAGGGGCGACUUACAACGGUUUCUAGAACAAUGUGUUAAUUAUAUGACAGCCAGACCGCUUUGGAAAACGUUAUUAUGAAAAAAGGAAAUCGUAGUUAGAAUCAUUAAGAUUUAUUUUAGAUUUUAAUCUAUUUUUUAUUCUGCCUUUAUUUACUUUUUUUUUUUUUUUUCUCUAUAGAAAAAUGAAAGCAAGCUUUCGGACCAAAAAGCAGCCCUAGAAAGUGGACAGAACCCUCUGCCCAUUUACCUUGCCAUGAACGUUAAACGCGGACACAUUAGCACGCUGGAUUUUAAAGGUAAUCAGAAUGUUGAGUCAUUUCGUGAAAUUUAUAUAUUUCAAUAUUUCGUUCACUAUGUCUCCAUACAUUAUAUCACUGUUGAUUUUCAUGGGUAAUUUGGAGAUUAAUAAACUAUUAUCUAUUAAGUAAUGAUUAAAGAUAUAUAUAUAUAUAAAUAUGGGGAUUAUGAAUAAUUCCUUUUAACAUGUGUAUAUUUAAACUUUUUAUUCUGAGUAAUUACCAUAUAGAUUAUGUUCAUAUAAUAAUACAAGCACACAUUUUGUUUAGUUUUAAUUCUAACUGGAACUUUCAAUGUUCGUAGAAUGGUGUGAGUUCACCCCAUAUGAAGUAGGACUCCUGAAAUAUGGCGCAUUCAUUAAAACGGAGGACUUUGGCAGUGAGUUCUACAUGGGCCGUCUGAUGAAGAGGAAUCCAGAGCCCCGUAUAUGUUACCUGCAAGGUAUACUCACUCUUUGUAAACUUUUUAUCCACUUUAUAAACUUAAAAAAUGUACAAAGUCAAACUUUAUUGAUAGCGUAAAAGUAAGUACUGCUACUAAAUAGGAUGUUUUCAGCAUUCUUGUCAUGUGAGUAAGAUUUUCUGUUCGUAAGGAUGGAAAAGUCAUUGUCACAUAGAUUCAGUGACAUCAUUUCUUGUGUUGUAGUGUUUAGAUAAUCAAUAGGAUGGAUAUAUAAUGAAGUGAGUUACCUACAAUUGCAUAUUUUAAGGAUGAACGAUGUAUCUCUACAACCUGUGUGUUUAAUAAGAUUUGCAGCCCUAACACAACUCCAGGCAUUGAUAUUCACAAUACGCAAUUGGAACUGGCAACGUUAAUAAGGUCUGCUUUCUCUCCCACAAGUUCGGCUUGUUAUUACUAUUGAUGGGAAUAAGAGAGAAAAUCACAACGGAGGUAUUGCAAAAUCUUCCUCAUUUAUGGGCUUCUUUGUCACAAAAUGACUUGUCUAGCUAGUGAAGCCCAUAUUAUUAGCAGCUCGCGCCAUUAUGUAGUUUUUCCAGGAGUUAGUUGCAGAUUAAUAGUUGUGAUGGUGUUGUGUUCUACAGAAAAACACCAUCACAGAUAUUAUUAGGUUGGUGUGUUAAACGAUAGGUUGAUGAUCCAACCCAGAAGGUAUUAGGCAUUUGUCUUGUGUUCCCGGUGGCAUGUCCAUUUAUUGGAGUACAUCGGAAUGAAAUGGUGAUUAGUUUGGCCAUCCGAGAUUUCUCUUUGGUUAUAUGGCUCUCACCAAUUUUGGAUUCCAACAUAACUUUGGCUAAUGUAAAUUUUAGAGUCAAAUUAUGUCCAGUAAUGGAAUUUUGAUCUUGUUGAAAUGUUUUUGUUGUUUCUGUAGGUUUAUGGGGUAAUGUCUUCUCUCUAAACCUGGUGGACACUUGGUAUCUCACCACUCAGCUGGACACCUUCUGGGAUCACUGGCUGAAAGACAGAAUUAUGGACAUUGGUAAGAUAAAUGAUCUGCUUCAUAUAUCUAUUUUACACGUAGUACAUAGUAUGUUUUAUCAGUAUCACGUAGUACAUAGUAUGUUUUAUCAGUAAUGAGUAUAUUGUAUGUUUUUACAUUGCUAAUUAAAGCUGGGGCUGUCUUAGUAUCCUAGCCGUGUAGUCAGAAAAUAACCCACAAUUCGGACACCGUGAGGUUUGUCCAGCAAUAGCUUGCAUGACUAAUAUUAAUAUAUACAAAUUGGUUACACCUAGAAAUUAAUCAAUGUAUUUUGACAGUGUAUAAUGAGACCAUAUCUAGUUAGUCACAUUGUGCCUAUAAGCUUAGCUGGAAAAAGUAGACCUCCUUCCUUUAACCCUUUCACUACCAAGCACUUUUUGAAUGAAAGAAAUAUUAGCAUUAACAUUUAUUUGAGGCAGGGUAUGCAUAGCCAGCCUAUAAACCUAGCCUAUAUAAUAACACAGCAGCUUUGUGUAUAGAUUGCUUUAAAAAAAAAAUAACAAUUAUGUCAAUUUACACUAUUUUUAUUUUUCACUUCUUUGCUCAUCCUUUAUAACAAUAUUUGGGAAAUGAACAACUCUACACAGUAUACAGUGUCCUUUAUCUUGCAAUAUUUAUUAAUAACAGUGUCUGAAAUGUUAGUAUAAAAGCACAAAAUUCUUUUUUUCUCAUAUACAGUAGGUAUAUUAAUAUGAAUUGUAAAAAAGCUUGCUUAUAUGUAGUAAGGACCCUAAAGGUAUUACAAGCAGUAAAGCUUACUAGAAAUAGCAAAAGAAUGUAAAAAGCAUAUAAUGCUCACAUAUAGUAAAUAUGGUUAAAUCUUAUAUUUCUAAAAUAAAGGCAUUUAAAAACGCUUAUUGUACUCUUUAUCAACCUCUGUAAUAUUAAUGUAAUGCUGACAGUGAAAUGUUAGAGUCCAUUCACUAUUCCUGACUGUAAGAAUGAUAUCACCAAGUGAAACUUCGUGCACUCCUGACUGUAAGAAUGAUAUCACCAAGUGAAACUUUCUGCACUCCUGACUGUAAGAAUGAUAUCACCAAGUGAAACUUCCUGCACUGUUUGAAAGCAGGGAGCGAGCGGACAUUUUCAGCAACUUUACAUUGAUUAUAUCAGUAACUAGUGGCAGAGAUGUGUUUCCCUACAGGCUAAUCAAAACUAGAGUAUAAAUGAUUGUGAGUGGCUAGAUUUCAUACUGUAGAUCACAUGAAAACGUUUAUAAUGAUUCUGGUAUCGAAGUGGUUAAGCAGCUAACCUUGUACAACCAUAUUCCAACUACCCCAUGUUCCUUUUGAUGAGCUCUUUGUUUAGUUUCUUCAAUUUGUGAUAAAGCUAGCCAGAGAGGCAAUCAAGGACACGCGUCUUCUCCAUCUCCUAUUAGGUCACAAACCAGUUAAGGUGGAGCUUCAGGCAUGCAAACCUUCCAGAGACUCAUUGCCUUGUCACAACAUCACCCUUUAAAAAACAUUAGUUUUGUAAAAUUACAGUAAUCCGUAGGAUGACUAAUACAGAUAUUGACAGGUUUAAAAAUUGAUAUAAAAAGUGUGUUUACUCUACAUACCUCCGAUUUAAUAUUUCAAUCCAGCUUUCUAUUUUUUAAAUGUAUUUACAUGUUUUUUUAUUCUCAACCCAAAGAUAAAGAAGACAUACAGCGCAGGAGAGAAUCGGCGCACAUAAAAACCCAGCUCUAUACCCCGUCUGGGACCUUCUCCAAGAUUAUGACCGGAGUAUUAACCAGCAGACCCAUAGAUGGAGAACAUCAGAACUUCCUCCGAGGGUUUCACUUACACAAGGAUUACCUGCAGCAUCCUCAGUUCUGCAGGUGGAAAGGUUAAUGUCACAAUAUGCAAUUAAACCAGAGAUGGUUGAUGUUUUCUAUACAUUGGUCUCAUGGAAAUAAAGACUAUUUUCAGUGCAGUAAAACUGUGAUGUCGAUGAUGGUACUUUUUAUAUGUAAACUGACUGGAUGUCCAAUAAUUUUUUGGUUUCUGUGAAAGCCAAAACAUUCACCCAUAAGAUACCCCAACGCACGUGCACCCUGGUAUUGUUCUCUUCUUCUGAAAAAACUCUCUCUGGAAACGUCUCAUGACUUUAUUGCCACAAUCAGAGAAUGAGAUUUGGUUUGGCUGGCAGCAGUAUAAUGCUGCAAUUAUACCAGAAUCCGCUUUGACCCAUAGGACCCUCUUAAUAGCUAAAUAAGCGAAAUACAAGACAUAGAUCUGUCUCAAGAUUGCAAGUAUCUCAAAUGUUACAGGAAUUGUGUGAAUAAUGCACAUCUUACUCAGGCCUUAUACAGGUUUUGGCUCACUUUGCUAUUAUACAGGGAACCUAUUCUAUUUGUAUAUUAGAUUGACCUCACCCACAAUGGCAGCCCAAAUCUGCACGAGAGAUCAUUUCAGGAUUCACUUGGCCUCGUCGCUGAGAUCAGACAGAUACACAGUUAGCAAGGAACCUCCAUCUGGAUUACUCUUAACAAUUAAACAAUCGCAUGAGUACAGGGUUUAACACGAACAUAGAUUAUCAAUUAACAUAUAUAAUAGAAAUAGAUAUGAAAGAUACGUUUUCAUAUCCAGAAUAACAAUGGUGCACGUCUCCGCCACCUAAAGACUUUUGGUGAUAGCGUAUGCAACCUUAGUCUCAGUAUGUACUGGAUUAUUCUUUUCACCUAUAGAAACCGUAGGCAUAUUCAAAUAAGUAAAAAAAAACAGAGUUUGUGGAAACCCUGAGAUUGGGGACCACGCAGUAGUUGUCCUUGGACUGGAUCGAAACAGGUAUCAGACUCUUAGUUAAAGGCAGUCUUAUUCCAGAAUGGAAGAAGUGAAACGUGAAGGGUAUGACUUUGUGCUAUUUAUAACUAAGAUCAAUCAAUUAAUCUACUAAGGCUUAAACAGUUCAAUGGAAGAGGUAUAUAUAGUAAAUAUGUUGUUUCUUAGCAACAUUAGCCAUCUUCUAGAUAAUCAAAUAUUUUUUUCUUAAUUAGAUAUUUAAAUUGUGAUAAAAACUACAUCUGCUCUUUGUCUAAACAGUUACGGCCCGGUACAGCAUUGUCAAUGAUAAAAGUGAUCAAUACAAUGUAUACCACUAAUCUUACAGCAUGUUUGUUUGUUGGUUUUCAGACACUAAUCUAGACACGUUCCCCAACCAGCUCACCCCACUCGCUGACAAUCUGUGCCUUGUGGAUGCUGGGUACUUCAUUAAUGCCAGCUUCCCUCCUUUACUGAAACAAGCAAGGAAGGUGGACAUUAUCUUAUCGUUUGAUUAUACAUUGGAUACACCUCUCCAGGUACGUAAUGAGAUAUUUAAAUUAAGUUUAGACGCAGAGAUAGUUCAGUUGGUUAUUGCAUGUGCUGUUACUGUACAUCUGUCCAAACCUCAUAUCUGCAAGUUCCAGUCUCAGUAGGGUAAUCAUCCUUCUAACUGAUUAACUCAUACAGUGUCAAAACAUCUCUGACACACGUUAAUUAGAGUCAGCAAUGUGUGAACAUAUUCUGAAAGGAAUCAUGGUAUAAGCUGUUAUUUAGGGCUCCCCUUGUGUUUUUCAGUCUGUCGAGCAGACCUGCACGUACUGUACCACACAGGGCAUUUGUUUCCCUAAGGUUUCGUUGAGCGAAGAGGAGAAGAAAACGCAUAAAGAAUGCUAUGUUUUUGUUGAUGAAGACAAUCUCAAUGCUCCCUUAGUCCUACAUUUCCCUCUGGUCAAUGACACCUUCAGAAAGUAUAAAGAACCGGGUAGGUGUCCUAAUCUUUGUAAUGUAUUCUCUUAUUAUUAAAACAUUGAUUUGUAUUUCUAUUAUAGGAGUUAAAGGGACACUCUAGGAGCCAACACAACCACUGGGCUUGUCAUAAUAUUCAGCCUAAGUAAAUACCUGGGGUUAUAUUUGCGUGCUUCAUUUUAUAUAGAUGUUGCAAAUAAAUCACUUUGCUAAAUUUUGCAUCUCGACCUUGUCUUCAUGUCCAGUCACCCUCUUUAUAAAAUGUGAUGUGUAAAAUGUAGCUUUAGAUUGGUGAUAAAUGUAGAAUCUUCUUAAUUUCUUCUUGUCUUCAGUUGAUUGAUAUAUAUACGUCUUUUGUAUAUAUAGUCUUGGGCCAAAUGCUCGCCACAAUAAUAUGUGUCUAUAUUAUUGAAAAGUAGUAAUACGCAAUCUGACUUACGGUUUAUUCAGGUUUAUUCUUUGUUACGGAUACAUAAUAAAAACAUAAUAAAGGAUGUUACAGGAUAGUGCACAUUCAACAGCAGAUGGUAAUUGCUGUACUUCUCAUGGGAGAGUUACAUUGUUGUACAGAGCCAAGAGAGAGCCAAGAGCCAAGACAAGACAGAGCGACCUCGUGUCCCUCUGUUACUAUAAAGAUGUGUACGUCAGCGUUUAUCUCUAGCCAUAUAAGGACAAAACCCCCACAUCCACAUUCCAGAGCUCUCGGACAAAGAAAGCCUUGUGACUUAUUGAUACCAUCUGUUACUUAUGUCAAUCCACACAUCCAUAUAUAUAAUCAAUAGAAACAUAGAAUAUGCAAUAUUCUACAUGAUGUCAUCAAUAAGCGCAGUAAUGGUUUCUGGGAGUUGUAGUUCAGCUAACAGCUUUUAGAAGUAAAAUGCUGAUCACUAAACUACAGUUUCCAGAAAUGUUUGCUCUGCCCAUAGGGCCCUGCUGUGCAGGUAUUUAUGGGAUAAUAUUUGCACAUUGCAAAUUUCACAGAAAAGCAUGGGAGCCUCCCAAUAGGUCCAUCAUUUCCUUUUUUUAUGCAAUACCUCUAGCACAUUACAAAUGGUUGGCUAGUUUACCACCUGGAGUUGCUUUAAAUACUAUGGUUUUGCAGCUGCACCUAUAACAGCCAAAAGAAUAUAUGUGAUGGCUAAAUGUUAAAAUAAACAAAUAAUGUUUAGGAAUUAAAAUUUAAAAAAGGACAACACGCUGAUAACGUAAUAGAACCUUAACGUAAAAUUAGAUUUUAGUAGUCUUGAUAUGAGUGAAUGCUGUUGUUCAAGGAACCCUCUAAACAGCAAAACAACUUCAGCUUAAUAAAGUGGUUUUGGUGUAUAAAUCACUCUGUUUAUACAGUCCAGCAACACCAUGAAAAAAUUGUUUUAUUUUCAGUCAGAUCUUACAGCAUAGUGUGUUUACUUUAGAAGUUUGUAUCUCCUGCUCAGAGAAUCGACCUUUAAUCACACACAAAAGGCUCUAGCAGGCUACUAACAAAGCAUGAGAUAAUACAUUCUAAAUUAAACACACAGUGCAAUAAAGGAAGCAUAAAAUGAGUGCUCUUUUUCAGGAGGUGUGUAUUACUCUCAGAAGUGCAUAAACAAAGUGAUUUAACUCCUUAAUGGCAGAGUUGAGCAGUGAGAUUCCAUGAUCUAUACACCAAAACUGCUUCAUUCAGCUGAAGUUGUUUUAGUUCUAAGAGUGUCAAUCUAAUAAUAUAUCCUAUCCUAUAUAAAUAAUAAAAUAAUAAUAAUGAUAUCCUACAUUAAGGUCAGGCAGCAGGGAGCAAAAGUAAACAGAAAAACAAGAAAUCUAUAUUUAUUCGGCUCACUAUAUUAGGAGUUACACCAAGCUCUAUGCAUUACUUUCUCUAUAGAGUUAUGUACAGUGACUAAUCGGAACUGACCCUGGUUAUUUUUAAAAAGUUGUUUGAUUUUAUUCCAGGUGUCUUGCGGACUCCGGGAGAGGAAUCAGAAGGGGACGUAGAUGUCACAAGUUUUUUGUCACCGUAUUUUCUGACAAAUUUUACUUACAGUGAGAGGGACUUUGACCAGCUGAUGAAAAUGACCCAAUAUAAUCUCCAAAACAACAAAUGCUUAAUCUUGGAUGCCUUGAAAUCUGCCGUGGAGAGAAGGAAAACCAAGAAUCUAUUAAAUGGAAAACAUCAGACACAAUGUUACAGAUAAUCAUUUUCCAAUUAAUAAAAUUAGCAGCAGCAGGGGGAAAGACAGUUUUUUGGACCUGCAAGUGCGUCUUGAGAAAUUCUGCCGAAGGCUUCUCCUCUUAAAUAAACCAUGACCACAUCGGAAGGAUGGACCCAGCAGAACUCUCGUAUCUCCUGUAAUCUGUAUUGUAUUUCCCUUGAUGCUUAGAUAGCUGAGCGACUGGCUAAGUAUCUUGGGAAACGCAUUGUUGUUUUGCACAAUAUUUACCUUCACGGGUUAAUCACGCCUCUAGUGGUGUAGAUAUUAGAUUGCAUUUUUUAUACAUAUGUUUAUUUAUUUUACUGUUAUGAAUUCCAUUUGUUAAAAUAUUUUUGGUCAUUGCUUACUAAAAAAAUACCAAUUUAUUGGAAACUAAUUUUAAAACAUAAUGUAUGUGUGUUUGAAAUGUAUUUGUUAGUUAUUAUAGUUGAUUUAAUGUAAUGUUUGUAUGAGGGUAACAUUCCAAUCGAGACUGACCACAGUAACCUAAAUGAAUGCAGACUGAACUUCAGUAACAACUGCUACAGCUGGUAUUAUAGACUAGGAUGAGAUUUCACUGAACGGUAUGACAAUAUGGUCCUUUUAUAUAAUGUCCUAUUAAAGCACGCUGCUUUAUCUAAAUCCUUUUAAGUUAAAGGGACUCUCUCUUCUACCCCCAACCCCCUCUACCUCCCACCCCCAUCCCACAUUGCUGAAGGGGUUAAAACCCCUUCAGUGACUUACCUGAAUCAAGCGCCGAUGUCCCUCGAUGCUGGGUCAGGCUCCACCCACACUCCUCCCCUGCCGAAUCAGCCGGUGGGUGAGACCUAAUGUGCAUUCGCGGCAAUGGCCGCUCGCCGCGUGCAUUAGUCUUCCCGAUAGUUAAGCAUUAUUCAAUGCUUAGCGUGAGGAUGUCCAGUGUCGUUUAAAACACUUUUCGUGUUCUAAGAACACAGGAGUCCCUCUAGUGGCUGUCUGAUAGACAAAACUGCAAUAAUUACACCUGCAGGGUUAAUGGUAGUGGGAGUUGGCACCCAGACCACUCCAAUGGGCAGAAGUGGUCUGGGUACCUGGAGUGUCCCUUUAAGUGUUAUUAAAUCAUUUUUUGGAAGCAAACUUAAAUUAUGAAGAAUAGAUAUUACACAUUGGAAUCAAAAUUACAUUUAAUUUGAACUCUGUACUGAUCUUAGCAAUAAGAAUAUUCAUAAAACCAAUGUAUAAUUUGCUGAGGGUUGCCUGUUCAUUUACAGAGAUUCGUGGUAUUAAAUAUGCAGCAUUUUAAGCCACAUUUUACUCCAAUCCAGCAGCAAAGCCAAGUUGUAGAAUGUAUUCAUCACAGCUAUUUGGGUUGGAAUCUCACAGUGUGAAACUAUAAUCAAGAUAAAAUGUAAUAAUUCAAUCUCAAAGUUGUAUUCACUAAUUAGUGAAUUGCGUUGAUUAGAAUUCACAUCACAAAUUCUAUGCGGAAACAGCGACAUUUAAAAAAACUCCAAUUCAGCUAUUUUUACAUUUUGGUCUUUUUUCCCUUUUUGCUAUUUGCAAUUCAUUUUUUUGUUUCAAUUUAACACCUUAACUGUUUAGUGAAUUUAUAUUUUGUUUAAAAAGAAUUGCUAAUUCUCACACAUUUAUAAUGUAUUUUGUUAUUAAAUCCUUCUUUUUUUUAAUA